AUGUCGGGUCAGUCCAUCACAGACCGUAUCACGGCGGCCCAGCACAGUGUGACCGGCUCGGCCCUGGCCAAAGCCGUGUGCAAGGCGACCACUCACGAAGUGAUGGGCCCUAAGAAGAAACACUUGGACUGUGAGUAUGAGUGACAUUGACACUGACCUAUGGCUCUACACGGGAACAGUGUCCUCACUACUGACUUAUUCACACAGACAUGGCCAGAGGACAGGCCAUGUAAUACUACAAUCCCCGGGGUGCGCUGACAGCCUUAAAACUGGCAAGGAAUUAUGGGAUUUGUAGUUCUACCAUAGAGGUGGCCAAAGGUAGAUCCGCAGCUGUACUGCCACCUUUACAGCUGGCAAGGCAUCAUGGGAAUUGUAGUAGCUGGGAAUCUGCAUUUGGUAUACAACAUGGGCUAGGGGGAGUACAUUUUGGCUACCCCUCUUAUCCUACAUUUUAUUUAAUUUUUUUGCUCCACAUACUGCAUGGUGGUAUGACAGCCUGUUAGUGCUGCCUCUUUCAUUUUGUGUGUGUGUAUGUGUAUAUAUAUAUGUAUGUAUGUAUAUAUAUGUGUAUAUAUAUGUAUAUGUGUGUAUAUAUAUAUAUAUAUAUAUAUAUAUAUACAAAAAUCAAAAUGCACUCACAGGUCUUCUGGUUAAUAGGAAAACUGGUGCUUUAAUAAAUCAUCUGUGAUGUACAAAAAAAUCAAUCGACGUUUCGACCCUGCCGGGUCUUUUUCAAGAUCUUGAUUUUUUUUGUACAUCACAGAUUUAUUAAAGCACCAGUUUUCCUAUUAACCAGAAGACCUGUGAGUGCAUUUUGAUUUUGAUUUUUGUUUAUAUAUUUGACGCCAACAAUUUGCACCCAGGCAUGUGAGUUAAAAAUUUAUAUUUUUUUGGAGGUGAGUGCCAAGCGUUCAUAUAUAUAUAUAUAUAUAUAUAUAUAUAUAUAUAUAUAUAUAUAUAUAUAUAUAUAUAUAUAUAUAUAUAUAUAUAUAUAUAUAUAUAUAUAUAUAUAUAUAUAUAUAUAUUUUGUACAUUUAUUUCUUUAACUUUUUUUGUGACCAGCACCAGACUUUUCUUGUUUGUAUCAUAUCCACGGGCAUUUGAAAUAUUGUAUGAAUUUUGCGUUGACAAUGUAUUGGUAUUGAUGUAAACUAAAGUGGUAAUGGACCCAUGAUUUCAAUCACAUAAGCACAUGGUUCAUGCCUAUGUUUUUCAAACUGUACAUGUAGGAAUGGGUUUUCCCAGCAAGUGGACCUUAUGUCAACAUUUCAAUGAAUACUCAACACAGGUAUCACUCUUUUCUCUCCAGUGUUAUUCACUAAUUAAACUGCAAAUGGUGUACCAAUUGAUUACAUCAGAACCAUCCCAACAAGUUAACUUACUCUUGAUGAGAAUUUAACCUUUUUAUUACUACACCCAAUCAAUUCAGUCAGAUUGCAAAACCCACAAGGGAGCUCAUUUAUGCAUUUUGCUUUUUUAUGCUCGGAAUCUGGUAUUGCUCAUGUCUUAUAGCACGAGCUCAGUCCUACGAUAUUCUGUAUCUCCAUUAGCAAAGUAUACUGACACAGAACCAUAAAUUAUAUGAGUGACAUUGUUUGGUAUACAUGUUUGAACCUUGGCGUUCACUGGAUUAGGAGGAUCAUGCUUAACCAAAAUGUAAUGAACUCGUCAUUAUAUAGUAUAUGCACAGAUCUAUGUGUAGUUCUAUACAAAAUUCAAAAUAUUUCUGUGAAUUCCAAGGCAGGUUUGAAGAAUUUACUAGAUUACCUAUUUUUCACUUGUUUGUUUUUAAACUUCUUUUUACAGAUGAGUACAUUGUUGAGAAAAUUCAAGCCCAACAUACAGCAAAUGCUCUGUAAAUUGCCCUAUAGCUAGGUCAUAAUUUUGCAUUUCGCAUCUAUUGCACAGGGUGUCAUAGGAAUAUAUAUUUUUAGGCCUCGAGUUUCCUUACAUUUUGCAUUUUAGCCAUGGAUUGGAAAUUUGAUGUGGGCUUGCAAUUUUGUAACAUUUUCUCAUGAACUACUAGCAACACAUUUUAACAAUUAAAAACUCCCUGUAGCUUUUACUAAAAAUGCUGCUGGUAUUUAUGUACCCACUGAGUAGUAUCCUGUUGAUUAUAUGUAUAGUAUUGUAUAACAAACCCAACUUUAGAGUUGAUAUCUAUGCAUACUGUUCAUACUGUUAUGACCUGCGUUCUAGAAGUCACAUACUGGAAAGAGCCAGUCAAUGACAGCACAUGAUGCUUACUUUAUAUUCAAAUACACAGAUACUGGCAUAUAUCCUAAAUGUAUUAAUAUAUUGGUUCCAUUUUAAAUAUUGACUAUAAUUGUACAUCUUUUGUUGAAAACAAAGAAAACUUUAUUUCUGUUUUCUUUGUGUACUUAAAGGACCACUAUAGUGCCAGGAAAACAUACUCGUUUUCCUGGCACUAUAGUGCCCUGAGGGUGCCCCCACCCUCAGGGACCCCCUCCCGCCCAGCUCUGGAAGGGGGAAAGGGUUAAAACUUUUUUUCCAGCGCUGGGCGGAGAGUCUGCCGACCGCCUGCCGCGCGCGGCGCACGCUGCGGGCAAGAGCUGCUAGCCCAGCGCCCAGGAAAGCAUUUACAAUGCUUUUCUUAUGGACGCUGCGCUCUCACUGUGAAAAUCACAGUGAGAAGCACGCAAGCGCCUCUAGUGGCCGUCAAUGAGACAGCCACUAGAGGAUUAGGGGGAAGGCUUAACCCAUUCAUAAUAGCAGUUUCUCUGAAACUGCUAUAAUUAUGAAAAAAUGGGUUAAGCCUAGAAGGACCUGGCACCCAGACCACUUCAUUAAGCUGAAGUGGUCUGGGUGCCUAGAGUGGUCCUUUAAGGAGACACAAUGUGUCCUAAAAUUAUCCCAGUGUUGAAUGCAUUAUAUAGCAGAUUUUUCCAUGUAUGUGUUCUUUUUUUUUUUUCUAAAAAUAUUUUAGUCAAAAAUUGGGGGUCAUCUUAUACACGGAAUGUCACAGCAGGGAUUAAACACAAUUGUGCGCGGAGCCUAAGCCAAGAUGGUGCCUGAUGCGUUUGUGUGCCACGGCCCCCACACACACACACACACACAUACGUGGCCUCUCUCCUGCCGAUCCACUUCUGAAUGCUGUGGCAAGGAGGAAGAGGUCCCUAUAUGCGUGGGAGCUUCAAUAGACAUCAGCACUUGCCACCAACUGAGCUCCAGAGACAUGUCACACCAUAAAAUGAGCAGCCAUAUUGGGGUAUGCUCCACCUCAGGUAUAUCUUCCUUUCUGAUUUUAUAUUUAUUGGGGGAAUGGGGAUCAGGGAGCAGAGAGAAUACUUCUGUGAUGUCCCAGCAUGUCCUCACACCACCAGUAUUGUGGGAGCUGUAGUCUCCUGGCAUGCACUAUGGAGUCAUUACCUUCACAGAGUACUGUAGCACAGGGGAGGCAUGAGAAUUAGAAGUGUGUUGUUCUCCUAUUGCAUGUUUAUAUAAUACAUUAGAAAAUGCAAAAAAGAAAACCUCAUUGGUUUUGAUGCUGUUGCACUAGCCAGAUGCAGCAGCGCAGACAGCCCCUCCCAGGCAAAGAAGAGGCUCAACCAAUGGGAAGCCUCUUAUUCUAGUGUGUGAAUUAUUUCUUUUUUUCUAAUACUCACAAUAUGCAGCCAGUGAUGAACUAAGCAUCUGCUGCUGACACAGUUUGUCUCACUUCCAAGCCAAUGCUUCCCCAAAUAACGGGCGUGACAGGUUCCAGGGGAACACAACUUUGGUCUUAAACCGUUUUUAAAACAAUUAACAAUGUAAAGAAAGAGAGCUGUCUUACAGCCACAGCUGUUCUCAAAAAGUAAACUUGGUUAUUUAAAGGGUUAAUUUGACCGUUUUAUACCAUUUUAAUUUAUAAUGCCAUAUUGGGCACUUGUAACUUAGUGACAUUAUAGGCACCCAGACCACUUCAACUCAUUGAAGUGGUCUCGGAGAAAUAUUCCUGUUAGAGCAAGUGAAUUUGGUAAUGCUAUUUACUCACCACUAAGAGAAGUGGUCUCCCACACCGCAUAACAAUAAACUGCAGUUUUAAAAAGACCUCUCAGCAGUUGGACAAAGGAGAGAAUUAAAUGCUUCAUAUUCACACUUUAUAGAAUUCCAUACCAUCGUAUGAGAGGGCUCUGGACAAAGUAUCUUCAGUCACGAUAAAACCGUGCACAAGGUAUCAUUGGUCAUAUAUAAAAAUGAAUUUACUAGGCAAACUAAUAGAAGUUAUGUUGUGACUACUGUUGAACCUGCAUGUUCGCUAAAUCCGGUUUAUACAGUAGCUACAGUGAAAGCAGGUGAUUCUUGAAAUAUUUCACAUUCAAUGAAGUAUCUUUAAUUUCUCUUUUGCCUUUAACCCCUUAAGGACACAUGACGUGUGACAUGUCAUGAUUCCCUUUUUUCCAGAAGUUUGGUCCUUAAGGGGUUAAGCAGGUUGCUCUGGUCAGUGAUUGUUUGCUGUGUCUUGUAGUGCAAAACACUUAGUUUUACGCAUAAUCUAUGGAGGUGGCCUUCUCUCCUCUAAGAGUCUGUUUAUGUAGCUGUGACCAACCUUCUGAUGCUUGGUUUGCUAGCAGCAUUCCAUUUAAGUCAGCAAGUAAAUGUAAAAUAACUUAUGCAGUGUAAAAUAGAUUUUAUUGUAAUAUCUCACACAAAUAUGUAGGCAUGAAAGACAUGCUCUUUUUUUUUAUACUUGUAUCACUUUAAUGCAACCAUCUAUGAGGAUUGACAACAAGCAUUUAAAAAUAAUUGCUCUCUUUACAUUUUUUAAAUGCACAAAGCUAAAUCCAAUAAUUGUCAUUAACUGACUUAAAACAAAGUAUUAUUCAUCCAGAGAAGAAAAAUGUUAAUAUUCUGUGACAAUUAUCCCUUUUACAAUUAUAGUAUCAAAAUGUGCCUGACCUGAUGUGUACCACCUAUGGUACUUUUAUCAAGCAUUAAAUACUACAUAUACAUUGUGUUAACAUAUUUGUAGAAAACAACCCUAUUUAAAAGUCUUAUUUUCCACCUGUCAAUUGGAAAUUUUGGUUUAGACACUGUGCCGAAUAAUUGAGUGACUAGUAGAGCUGAAGAGACCCUGCCCAGGCAGUCCUCUCCAAGCAUGCACAAAAAACUGAUCAAUGUCCUAUUGAUUUUGGUCCUUGUUAAUGAUCGCAUCUGUAACGGACCGCCUGGCACCCCGACCGGGUACCUCUGUCAAUUGCUGCUUCCUAGUACUUAUAAGCACUGUACUGGAACACAAUAACCACUUGGUUUGGGUCUCACCGUCCUCCCCCCACCCUGGGCCCAAGACCAGGAUCCAGCUUCCAGUGGGUAGACCUCUCCUAGUCCAGAGAGCGUAACAGGAACUAGCUCUUAGAAGAGCUUGUGAUUAUACUUAGGGGAGUAUUGUGAUAUAGCAAUCCCCAGAGUAAAGGUAAAUGUAAAUUCCCCAAACAUGAGCCAAGACUUCAUGAAAGGGUAAAAAUAUCUCUUUAAUGGAGCCACACUUGGCCUUAUAUGUCAAUCCCCAUGCAAGGGGUAUGCCCAUAGGGACCUUGUGGGGUACUGAUUUGCAACUUCACAGAUCAAUAACAACAUGGUUACAAGGCACGACACUGCCACACAUAGCGCACACAAUCCCUCCCCUCUGCUUGGGAGAUAAUUGAGUCAGUAACUGUACUAAUUCUAAUCCAAUUAUCUCCAAGCACAGAAAAAACAUACUUUCUUAAAACACCCCAAAAUUACCCUAAAAAUACAUAAAACCCCACAAAUGUUACAUCGCCUGAUAUCCCUGAUCUGGGUGACCAACAUAUCCCAAAAUCCCCCAGCUCAGUUCAGGAAUUUCCUGGAAGUCUUAUUUUUGACCCAUGCCCAAAAGUUCCAGAGAAUUAGUGCUAACGGUCGGACUCAGUCUGGAGUACAAAAGUAAAUACCGUAUAUACCCACUAUAAGCCGAGUUUUUCGGCACAUUUUUGGUGUGGAAAAAGCCCCACUCGGCUUAUACUCGAGUCAAUGUAUUACGGCAAUAUAAGUUAUGGCAACUUACAUUGUCAUAAUACAGACCAGGACCGCCGAGCUCAUUACAAGCCUGGCGGUCCGGUUGGGGGCCCGCAGCAAGCGCUUACCUUUGCAGCAGCUCCGGUCAUCUCCCCAGUGUAAAUCUCGCAAGACCCGUGGCCAUCAGAGCGUUGCCAUGGGUAACCAUGGCAACGCUCAGUGCGGCACGCAGACCGCGAGAUUUACACUGGGGUGAUGACCGGAGCUGCUGCAAAGGUAAGUAAGCGCUUAAGGACUAGUGAUUUCCUAAAAGGGUACUUGCCCCCAACAUUAUCUGGGGUUUAAGUUCUCAUUCACUCAAUGUCUGACAUUGACAAACACUCAGCUUGCCAGAAACAAUAUCAGGCAGGGUGCUGAGGGAGUUACAUAAGAAAAUUAUACAUUAAAACAAUAAAUCUGGAACGGUUUACUGCAAUUGGAGCAUAUUUGUUACUGUGUGAUUUCACUCAAAAGGUUUGUUUAGAGAUUAAACACCUUUAAUGUUAUCAAUGUUUCUUAAAGGGACACCGUAGGCACUGUAUCUGCUUCAUCUCAUUAAGCUGGUUAUAGUGUAUGGAGUCCCCUGGUGCCAUCAUUUCUUUCAGCAUUAAACAGUUUUUAAUGUUAUGUUUUAAUGCUAAACAAGAGACCACGGCAGUCCAUCCCCUCUGUGCUGCUUUGGCUAAUAAGGAAGUAUCACCCUGAGCAGCAAUGGGCAGCUGUGAUUGGCUGAGAGUGUCAGCUGACUGCUUUUAACCUGUCAGAGCUCCAACUGACGGUAUGAAUGGGUAUGACAACAAGGAAGUGUGUAAUCUCUGCCUUAGCUACACAUACAGAAGGGGCCGGACUGUGGGUGGCCAGGGACUCUUAUUUUGGGGCAUACUGCACAAACAUGGUGCAACACUGAAUGGAGGGACAGUGCCAGGGCACUCCAGGCACUAUAACCAAUUCAAAGAGACAAAGUGGUUAUAGUGACUACAGUGUCCCUUUUAAAGUAUAGAAAUACAGAGGUAUUCACCAAAGUAGAAAUGGAUCUGAAUGAAAACAAAUCUGAAAGUGAAUUUGUAUGUAUGUAUGUAUGUAUGUAUGUAUGUAUGUGUGUAUAUAAAUACACACACACACACAUUCUGCAUUCAUUAUAUAUACACACAUUCUGCAUUCAUUAUACAUACACACACUACACACACUCUGCAUUCAUUAUAUACACACACUGUAAAAUAUUCAAUUAAUGUAAUUUUAUUGGGAUCUAAUUUUUAUUUAGAAAUUUACCAGUAGCUGCUGCAUUUCCCACCCUAGGCUUAUACUCGAGUCAAUAAGGUUCCCAGUUUUUUGUAUUAUAUUCGGGUCGGCUUAUACUCUAGUAUAUAUGAUACUUCACGUGAACAGAGCCUUUUAAAGUAUUUUAGCCAGGUCUAUUGCAUGGACCAUAGUCACAGGGUAAGAGGCUGGCCAGCAGGCUCCUCCAAGAUCCAGUGACUAGGUUCAGUUCGUCACAGCAUCAUACAGUUUUUGCAGAUUUGUUGGCUGCAAAUCCCUAAUGUGCUCUUUUAAAUUUAGACCUGGUGACUUUUGAAACUAUUGGUGUAAACUAAACUCAUUGUCAUUUUUUUGGUGGAAUCCGCCUGAGGUGACUCCUUAAAGUAGCUUUUAGAAGAUGAGUUAACCAUGUCAUUAAAUAAAUGAUUCUGGUCAUAUGUGCAAAGAAAAUAUUCUCCACAUUACACAUACAAGCUUGAACUUUUGACAAAAAACAAUAUGUAUCCAUGGAUUACUGCUUUGGUAAAAGUCUUGAUGAUUCAAGUGUGUGUUGCAGGAGAUAUUGAGCUCUAUGUAACAAAAUGACAGAUUUUUCCAAUCUUCUGCUGUUUGGUUGAGGUGUGACUGCAUCAGAUGUAGCCUCUCUUUCCUAACCUUUUUAGCUGAUCGGAGUGAACCCAGCGUGGUCUUCUGUUGAUGUGGCCUAUCAACUUCGUGGUUGAACAUGUGCAUUUAGAUAUGCUCUGCUGUAAUGACCACUAUUUUAGUGACCCAUCCACCCUCUCUCUUAUAAUUGGUACCCUUUCCGCCUUGGUUUUCUCAAGUUCUACCUAAUGGGUGCCUAGGAUGAUAGAUGACGAUCCCUAAAAUUUGGCAAAUAGCAGUUCAACUUUACUUUCCAGUCCUAUUUCUCCUUGCUGUGUGUGUAUAUUGGCAGGUUAAUUAUUUCACAUGAGAGGCUACACCAGCUAUAAAUCUAUUACUGUGGUCACCUUUUGGUAGUUAUUUUCUCAGUUCAAUUGUGCUUAUUGAUCAUAUUUGGAGUAUUUUUUUUUUCUAAUUUAAUUGUAUUGGUUUAUGAAAAUUCCUUUUAAAAGUUACAAAAAUGCUUUUUUUUUUCUUUCUUGUAUUUUUUUUAGGGGGGGAAGUUAGUAUUUAAUAAUAUUUUUAGGAACUUUCAUGAUAGAAUUAGUUAAUUUGGAUACAACUUAAUUUAUCUGAGAAGCAUAGUUCUGAGGGUUGUGUGCGUGUUUAUUUUUGUUCAAAUUCCAUUUUUAUUUUUCUGUCUUUUUUUUUUAACAAUAGAAAUAUUUAAUAUGUUCUGGUGGAUGCAUGUAUUUAUUUAUAUUUAAAUUUAUACUUAUAUGAGGAAGUCCUGUUGACCGCAUGAUCAAUGAGAAACUCCAGGUGCUUUUUAGACCUACUCAGAACCACAGACAUAACCUUGUGGUUGAAGCAAAGCAAAUAUGUGUUCACAUUAGUCAAUCUACAAUUGGGUGGAAAGGUCCAGAGAAUAGAAGUAUUUCAUGAGAAUCUUUGAAUUCUAGUAUCAGUGAUAGACAAUUUCCUGCAUAUUUUACACUUCUUAAAGAAAGCUAGAGAACAAGACCACGUCCCUUUUAAUGAAACCUUAUGAACAUCUUUUUUUAAAUACGUCCAACUAGAGGGAUUUGAAUUUGUAGUCUCAUAAGGCCAAUCCUCAAAUGUUACUCACCUCUGCAAGCCUUAACUUACCUUCGAAGUGCAAGUGGAAAUUUUUUUUGUGUCAAUCAUUUUUAUUGAAGGUAAUUUUUUCAAAUAUUCCGUAGGCAUACGGUAAGUAAAACGGUAAAUGGUACAAGACAUAUAAAAAACAAGUAACAGAAACAAUGCUCAUAUUUUCUACUCUCAAAAUCUGGAGGUUGUCUACAUACGAACCCAUGCCCGCGGCUUAGGGUCUGUCGGUAAAUGGUACAAGACAUAUAUAAACAAGUAACAGAACAAUGCUCAUAUUUUCUACAAUCGAAAUCUGGAGGUUGUCUACAUACGAAUCCAUGCCUGCGGCUUGGGUAAUAUGAAGGUCAGUCAACCUUCGGUCAACCCGACAAGUGAUUGCUGUGCUUUGUUUAACCCUGCGUCCCCAUGUGCACCCCGAGAUGCAUGUAGAAUGUUUAAGUGUCAACUCUUAUAGGUGGUCAGUCAUGUUUCGGCGUGUUGCGCUCUAAAUCUUCCCCCUCAGAGAAGGGGAGUCAAACUAAUUACUCACUAGGAUUGUGAGGUCAGCCUUAUACCUGUCGCCUCCACCCAAGCCGUUAUGUCUAGGAGGGUGACCCCCCUUUUCGGCUGUGUCAGUAUGGCCUGUCCAUGUCCUGUAUGUCGUCCAUGAACUGUGGGGUAGUGCGUCCGUCGGGGCAUGUUCCAGACUAAGCCAGUCUGCUUCAGGGUCUCCGUGCUGGGUAUAAGUUGAGAGAUAGUACACACAAAGGGAGGGAAAGAGAGAAAGAAGAAGAAGAGAAGAGAGAGAAAAAAAAAAAAGAAAAGAGCACACUCCCCACACACCUCCCCCCUCAGGUCGGUUCCGCAGCCCCGCAACUCAUGCCCCGUCUCUCGAGGUAUACUGCCUCCAAGGAUACCACGUCAGGGCGCACUUAUCUGCGCGCUCUCGCAUAGAGGCCGUCAGGAUCUCCAUGUCGUAGAUGGUCUCCACCUUGUCUAUCCAUUGUCUAAGUGUGGGAACUGAUGGACCUUUCCAGUGCAGGGGAAUGAGGGCCUUUGCUGCGUUCAAUAGGUGUAUUGUCAGUGACUUUUUGUAUGCCUGCGUUGGGGUGGGUGUAUGGUGUAGAAGCAUUGGCAGCGGCUGUAGGGGGAUGUCGUCCCCUGUGAUCUCCUUGAUCUUUGCCUUGAUCAUUUGCCAGUAUGGUUUGAUACUAGGGCAUGACCACCAGAUGUGUAGGUUGGUGCCCCUUUCUAAUCCGCAUCUCCAACAAUCGCCUGUGUCCGUCCCCUGUAUGUGCCUCAGUGUGUCUGGUGUUCUGUACCAUCGUGUUAACAGUUUGUAGCUGGUUUCCUGGAAUUUCGAGCUAAUUGAGCAUUUAUGUGUGAGGAGGAAUAUUUUGUCCCAUUCUUGGUCCGUCAGCUGUGCACCCGUCUCCUCCUCCCAUCUGCUCGUGAAGCCUAGUGGGCAACUAUCCCCUGACUGCUGGAGCAGAGCAUAUAAGUGUGACACCCCAUGGGUUAAAUGUCGUCUGUCUGUGCACAGGCGUUCAAAUUCCGUAAGUGUACGGUGGAGUUGAGUUCUCCCCGGGAUUUUGGUAUAGUAGGACCUAACCUGGUGAUAGUGGAAUUUGUCGAGAACAGUAGGUUGCCCGUCUGGCAAUAAGUCCCCCAGCGAUUGCAGCGUUCCCCCCGGACUCCACUGGCGUACUGCAAGUGGAAAUUUUAGCCCCUUACAUUUUAAAAAAUAUUUAAAGAAAAUAUCAGUUGCUGUGAGAACCCAAACUCGGCAUUACAAUUUCAGCUAAGGAUUGGUCUUCCCUUUUUUUUUAAUAAAGUAUCUGUUUGUCUUUUAUAAGGUAGCCCCUACAUGCUGUUAUUUAGCCAGAUCUAUCCCCAGCGCUCCCCACUUUGUUUCAGGGAUACCUGUUUUUUUGAUUGUGCUGUAAUUUUUUUUGUUUAUGUUGCUCUCAAACUAGGACACUUUUCAUGGAGUCUUUUCUGUUUGUGUUCUCCCACUCCCCCCAUGCUUUUCUUCUACUUUCACUAACCCCAAUUCCCCAUAAUAUUUUCUUUUGUCUAUUAUUUACAAUCACUGGCACUACAGUACCAAUUUUCUUUCCACUCAUGGGUCCUGUUCAUUGAGUUUUAUACGUUCCAAAAUACAAUUGAAAGGAAAACACAUACAGUCAAACUGUGUGCUGUGUAACAUUACACAGAAUGGUCAAUUCAGUCAGUAGCUGCAAUGUCCGCACAUAUCCUAAUAAGUGAGGUGUGUCUGCAAUGAGAAGCAUAGUAAGUCAAAGAGACACUGAGAAAGAAGUAAGGAAGGAAAGCAGGAUAAGAAGCCUAGUAAACAUCUGAGCGUCAAGGUUGCCAGAAAGGUUCAUCACAUGCUGCUUCCUGGUGCCUCAAAUUUUCCAAGUAUUUUAAAGUACAAUUGACCAGUGACUGUGUUUUUAACCGAUGCCACUAAUGGCAGGGUAGUAGAUGUGUAUGUGAGGGCUGUGGUUGUCAGGACUGCUGUAAGGAUAUGCAUUCCCAACUUUUUAAGUUGAGCACCGAAUAGCUGCAGGAAAGAUAUUCAACAGAAAUAGUGCCGCUACCAAAUGAAAACCAAAAUAAGCACAAUACUUAGCUGUAACUAAUAGGUGCUUCUCCCAGAACCUCUCAAUCCUGUUAAUUACUGAACAUGCACAAAACAAAAUAGCGUUACAGCACACCUAUAAGGAACAGAGAAAAUACAUAGAGUACUAUAGGAACGUUACAGGACAAUCUGGUUUUGUGAGUGCAAUAUAAUCCUAUUCAAGAUUGCCCUGUAACGUUACUAUACUACUCUAUGUGCGUUUUCUGUCCUUUUUAUAGGUGUGCUCUAUGUUCAGAAAGGUAUUCAGUAUGAAAACUUCUGGAUUUAAAGAGAAAUUGAAUCCAGUGGUUUGUAUCAGAGAUUUAAUGUCUGACCAGAAGGGAUGUGGGAGUGAGCAUGACCAGAAGAUAUGUGAAGUGAUGCCUUGUUCAUUUUUGCAUCUCCAGCAUACAACCAAUGCUAUUUUGAAAAAAUGGAUGCCUUCUUCUAUGGGACUAAGUUCUAUUUAUUUAUGAACUUUUGAUUAGUCUCCCAGCGGUCUAAGCAGUGCGAGGCUUUGUGCAUUUGAUGCAGACUUCGUCUCCAUAUCUGAAAGAGAAAUUGGCAAUUGGGUUAUUUUUCUCACUGGAGCAUAUAGGACAGUUAAUAGAAACUGCCUUUUGUGCCAAGUGUAGGACAGUGGUUUUUUACAUUUUAUUUUUAACUUGUUUUUUUUUUUUUUUUUUAUGACCGCAUUUGUGGAAGAGUCUUGAUGUAUAAAUUCAGCAUUGUCAGUGCCCUGGAUUUUUUUGGAAACCACUCCAUGACAUGUAUAUUCCACUCAUUACUUUGUGUAACUUACAGCCUUUCUGCUGGUGGUUUGUGGAGAUCGCUAUGGUAUUUCAUGGUAUAGAUUGCUCCACAGAUGGCCAAUCCAGAGCUCCACGUGGAAGCAUUGUGGACCUGAUGCACAUGUGCUUUCCUAUGAGCUGCAACAUCACAUGACCAGGUUUUACUUUGUCUGUGCAUUGGAGGCACUUCUCGUGACUGUCAGUAUUUAACCUUAAAGGGUUAAACAUACAGGACCACUGCACCUAGACCACUUCAACAAAGAAGAAAAAAAAAAAGAAACCUUCCCAUUUAAUUCAUUUGAUGUGUCCCAUCAAUAAAGGUUGUUUAUACUGUGUAAACUAUCACUUUACUUAAAUACACUACUUUCUUCAGUGUAUUUUAGAAGUACCUGUUGUAAGUUUAGUGAUUAUUAAAUCUUUGUAUUUUUUAAACUUGUGGAGUGUUUUUUUUUCUUUCUAUUCUUUUAUGGUUUCAUUAUGAGCACACCUAGGUGUUUUUUUUUGUUUUUGUUUUUGUUUUUGUUUUUUUAAACUGUGCUUGACUACAGGCCCAAACAUGUACACAAUAGAACUAACACUUAAUUUGGUGUUCAGGUAGACCGCCACUGGGGGCGCUUCUGGAAUCCAGACGGACCUGUUGUCUGUUAAACUGGAAUGUUUUACAUUGCAGCACUAAGUGCAAUAGGGACACAGCAAUUAGCUGAAGUGGUCUGGGUGCCUACAGUGUCACUUUAAUAUAGUUUAUCCAAAAUAAUAAACAUUAAAAAGAUAUUGUUUAUUUAUGCUUGCAUGUUUUUCAAGGACAUAAGAGAGAAAACCAUCCCAGCCUGGAGUACCCCAUUUAACUCCUUAAGGACCAAACUUCUGGAAUAAAAGGGAAUCAUGACAUGUCACACAUUAGGGGUUAAAAACCUCAAUUAAAGUGACUGCUUUUAUUUAUGCUAAUUUGUAGGCAUAGGGGGAAUUUUUUUUUUGUUCUUGGACAUACAUUUUAAAACCAUGACAAAGAUCUUACUUUAGGUCAAAAUAUUGCUUAAUUUUGUAAUAUAUAUAUUUUUUGUCUACAAAGUUAUUUAACUAUACUUUCUUUAAAUGUACUGAAGUAGUAGAAAGAGCACAUGUCCUAGGUUGGCUGCUUCUUUUGUAUAUCAUGUAAUACAGGUUGAUUCGGGUAACUCUAAAUUUACACUUAUGUGACUCAACUGACACUAUUUCCUCCUCUAUCUCUGCAUAUAAAGGAUCAAUUCCAUGUGGACCUGAAUGGAGACUAACUAUAGAUUAAGUUUGCUUGUGUUUUUCAUGAUCAUUUACUUUUCUGUUAUGGCUAUCUUCUAGCAAGACACUACAGCUGUGUCAGUAGCCAGAGCCAAAAGGAUCUGGCAAUUCCUGAUUUAUGUAAAUUUUGUUGAAUAAAAUAUUUAGAGGUGAUGGUAAACUGUAUCUUUCGAGGUACACAAAACAUUGCAUUAAAAUUCCAACGAUACACAUUGCUAGCAGGGGGAGAAGAACGCUUUACCUAGAUUCUAAGACUAGUGGCGAUAACCUUGAAAUGUUGGACCAACAUUUUGAAGUCUGUUGUGCAAGAUUCCUUAUUUAGAUGGGGCACACAUUUUUUGCCAUUGAUUUUCUUGAUGUAUUUGGUCAACUGAAGAAUGUUUUCUGUAUUCUUAUGUUAUUUUGGUUUGCCAAAAGCCACCAAGCUUUGAGCAGAACCGUUUUUGUGAGGAUCUGUAAAAGUCAAUGUAAUAAGGUUUCAUUUAUAAGUAAGGUAGAACUAGAAAUAAUUGUGUAGAUGCUCUGGGAAAACACAAGGCUUUGGGUAGAUUCAACAAUAGAAAAAUGCAAUGUUCUCUAAAAUUGGAAUUCUAUUGUUGGCAAUCCACGUUUUUCAUCACAACUGGAGGGGACCAGACAGGUUUUUAUGGUGAUUACCCAAGGUUUAAUAACUGUUGGUGACUCCAUCAGAAAGGCCACUUACAAGCAGCAGAGUAAUCUACUGUGAUGUGUGGAAUGUCUUUCUGCGAGAUGGAGAACUUGAAUGCAUUUACGAACUUCUUGCGAGUAAGGAAUACUCCUCGUGCUGUAUCGCCAUUGACCAUGUUUAGAAAGUUAUACAGAAAAAGACAAAAAAGGUGUCAUCUCAAAACUUCUAUAUUUUGCUUCAAAAUGCAUGUUCAAAUAAGAAAACCCUUUCGAAAGAAAUGGUAAAAGAAUAUUGGCAUAUUAUGUCUAUACAUGGAAAAACAUUUGACAGUUGUUACAGGUUAUCAAUUUGUACAUCUAUAAAAGACAGAACUUGUUGGAGCUUUAUAAAUAUGUGGUGGCAGGGUGAAAUAGUAGCCUUGUUUUGAGAAGAGGUUUUCUCACUUUUGAGCCGCAAAUUGUGCUAAACUCUAUGACUAGUUCCAAUUUUGGCACAGCUGAAUGGUGUUUCUUUGUACACUCACCUGACCUUAGUGGCAGUGAGACUAAGCCACAAAAUGUGUACGUCUCACCGACUUUGCAAUGCUCGUAAGUGAAAGAAAGAUGUUACUACAUUUAGGAUGCUGCUGAGAAAUAGUAGUUUUAUGUAUAAUAUGGUUUGUGUGUCCUGGGCAUACUCCGUACCCAUGUAAGGAGCACAUGGCUCUGCUGACCCCUGCUGAAUCUACCAUGACUAUGAAUUCUAAAGUCCUAAAUUCCCUGAACCUUUUAAUCAAUCCUUUUUAACUCUUUUUACCAUCAGUCUCUUCCUCACUCCCACUCUUUGUUGAGUGGACAAGGUAUACUGUUCCGUUUUGCAUUUGUAAUUUUUAAAAUGUAUUGCCGCGCCAGAAUUCAUGGCGAUGCUUCUUAUCAUAAAGUGAAAAAUGAUUGAGAGAGUGAAGAUACCACUUACAAUUCCCUAAGAAACAGGAUGUUUAUUCUCAGAGUUGUAUAAACCCCAUAAAAGUUUGCAAUGAGUGGUUUUAUUUAGCUUUUCUUUUUUCUUUUAUGUAUUCACAUGAUUGUAUUGUUUCCAAGCAUAUUGUAAAAUUGUUGUAAAUCUUGUAUUCCACUUGCCUUGCGUCUUUUUUUUUUUUUUCUCUCAAUGAAAAAGUGAAAAUGGGUCUCUCUCUAGCCUACGAUUUAUUACAUGAAUGAUUACAGACCUAUUCAUAGUGACCUCAGUUUUGAACAUAAUGUUGCCAUUAUUAUAUUGUCUGAAUUGCCUAGGAACGUAAAGGAAACUAUAGUGUUUUGGAAUACAAAUGUGUAUUCCUAACGCUAAAUAGUGCUCUAAUCACAGAUUACAUGAGCCCAAGCCCUGCUGCCAGAUUUAAAAAGAUGGUUUCACUUAAUUUUUCUUCUGCGCAGUGCUGAUCUCUGGAAUGCAGCUCUGCCUCCUUGGCCGAAAUCGAGAUCAAUGAUCUGAGCCAAUCCACUGCUUUCCCAUGCAAGAGCAUUGGCAAGCUAGUGUGCAUGUACGACAAAAUGCAGCAAUCAGAUGGUUUCUCUGAGACCAUCAGAUUGAAAUAGUUUUACUCCAUUAUUUCACAGAAGCACCUCCUAAAAGAUUUUUGCAAAGGAGUAUUUUUAUUUCUUCUGCUACAACAUGCCUUAGGAUUAGUCACUUAAGCAAAUUGGUGAAAAUGUACUGAUCUGAAAUUUUUGCUUUUGUUUUUCCAUUCAGAUAUAAUUUGCAAAAAUUAGUUUACUGAAUAACCAUGCACUGAGUUGCAGUGUAAGUUCAAGGUUUCUUAACACAUGCUUUAAUUAUAGACUUAUUUAUAAAAAAAAAUUUCCAUAUUUUAUAAACAACAAGUUUUUAAUAUUUUUUUUUCAAAGUACCCAAUGGAUAUUGCACACAGGUUAAAGCUCAUAUAAAUGAGUUUCUUCUGCUAAAAUUCUCCUGGAGAAAACCGGUAAGCAAUUGCACACUAGUAAGAGAGAGAAACUUACUUUAUUGUGUUUUUUUUUUGUUGUUGUUUUUUUUAAAUCUUGUUUCUAUUGAUCAUAGAGGGGCUAAUUUUCUUCACCUUUUGAACAUUGAUACAGAAUUGUUGUACAAGUAUUAAUUGCUCUGUAGAAUUUCUAGUUUUUGUUCGCUUACAGUGGUGUUUAUAUAAUAGUUCCAUUAAAAGAAUAUGAUUUUGAUGGCAUUUAUUUCCAUUAAAUUUUUUUUGACAGAUCUUAUACAAUGUACAAAUGAAAUGAACAUAAACAUACCGCAGCUGGCUGAUACCCUCUUUGAAAGGACAGCUAAUGGAAGUUGGGUUGUAGUCUUCAAAGCCCUUAUCACAACGCAUCACCUCAUGAUGUACGGCAAUGAGGUACGAUGAAUAAGUUCAUUAUGUGUUCUUAUAGUAAGCACCUGUUAUAUAAAGAACAAAGCUACGUAUUUUGGGGAACUUUUGUUUUUGUUGUUUUUGUAGCAGAGGAUCUGAGUGUUAGGAUGGAUCCGGCAGUGUCAUCUUGUUGCUGGUCAGCAUCCUAAUAAAACCAUAACGUUUAAAUUAUUAGUGUUGUCAGCAUUCUCACAUCAUAUGCUAGAUCAGACUGUCAGCAAGUAAAUUAAGUUACCUUAUCCGAGUAGAGAUGCAGGCUUGAUUCUAAAGCAUUUUUAAAAAGGGUGAUCAUCAAUCCCUUUUACCAGGCUAUAGAUAAGAAAUUACUUAUCAUUUCUCUUUUGUUAAAGGAACACCAUAGUGUUGGUAAUACAGGUUAGUAUCCCUAACACUAAAGAAUCCUAAAGUUGAUGAUCAGUGUUGUUCCCCCUCUCUUCCCCUCAUAGAGGAGAAUUGGGGACUGAUACGCAUCCACAUGGAGAGCCGAAUGUGCAUCUUUAUGCUUCUCAUAGGAAAGCAUUGAAUUGAAUAGUUACCUGUGAGCAGCAUUGGUAACGUGACCGAAUUUACUCUGUUGUUGCUCAGUAAGCGCAUUUCAUGGCUGUCUAAAAGAUAUGUGUUUAUCCCUGCAAUGUAAGCAUUGCCAUUUCUACAAAAUUGCAAUGCAGUUUUAAAACUACCAGGCAACAGCAUCUAGUGUCCUUGAGUGGUCCUAGGUGACUUUAGUGAUUCUUUAAAUCUUUUUGGCUUUCCUUUUUUUCCAUUUUAUUAGUUUCAUGAAGCAUUUAUCCCAGAGCAAUCUAGCAACUGACAAUUGAUUUUGCUUUAUUACAUUUUAAUUGUCAUGACGUUCUUUCAGUAAAAACAGUGUAAGCUAUGAACCUAGCCUCUUAAGGACCAAACCUCUGGAUUAAAAGGGAAUUAUGACAUGUCACACAUGCCAUGUGUCCUUAAGGGGUUAAAGGAACACUAUAGUGUCAUGAAUACAAACAUGUAUUAAACUAGCUAUUUAGGUUACUGGCCCCCAAUGGAAAAGUUGUUUAUUUUUUCUCCAGUGCUGCGCUCUCCCUGCCUGGUCCUGCCACCAUAGCGGAGAUAAUCAAUCUUGUUUCCAAUAGGAACGCAUUAGGUGGCUAUUGCGAAUGCGCGGCAAAAUGCAACACUAGCCAAUCGCGGCAUCAUUGAAUCCGUGCAUCUCUAUAGGGAACUUUCAGUGACUCCAUGUAGAGCAUGGAGACUGAAUGCCUGUGCUGCACUGACACAGGAAGCACUGCUGCCACUAGAAUUGUUCCUACGCAGCAAUAAAAACAUUAUCUUUUGAAUGAAAAUGCUAUAGACACCAGAACCACUACAUUAAAGGAACACUAUAGGGUCAGGAACACAAACGUGUAUUCCUGACCCUAGUGUUUAAGCCACUAUUUAGAUGGCUUAUUUACACCUUACACCCCUUAGAAAAAGUGAAAACUCGCCUUAUUUCCAGUGCUACGCGGGUCUGCCGAUACUGGUCCUGCCCCUGGUCCGCCUCCUUGGUCACAUCAUCAAAAUUGCCAUAGGGAAAGCAUUGGAUUGGCUGCAAUCAACAAGGAGGCAGGGUGGGGCCAAAUGCUGUUUUAGCCAAUAGGCCCCUCCUCAUAGAGAUACAUUGAAUGGGGGCAUCUUUAUGAGGAAAAUUAAGCGUCCCCAUGCAGAGCAUGGAGACGCAGAACGGCAGUGCUGUCAACAGUGCAGAACUGCCCCAAGAAGCACAUCCAGUGGCCAUCUAUGAAAAGACAGCGUUUGUAUGGAAACGCCUUAAGGCAAUGAUUAUAUUAACCAGAACAACUACAUUGAGCUGUAUUUUUUUUCUGGUGACUCUAGUUAGUGUCCCUUUAAGCUGCAGUGGUUCUGGUGGAUAUAGUGUCCCUUUAAGAUGUGCUGAGGUUUUUUUUUUUCCUACAUUCUAGCUCUUCAAACCCAACUUGAGUCUUGUUUUGUUUUUUCCUUGUGAAAUAUGUAAGAAAUCUAAUGCUGGUUAUGCUUUCUUAUAAAUGCUCUAGCAAUUAAAGGGAUCCUAUAGUGCCAGGAAAACAAAGCUGUGUUCCUGGCACUAUAGGGUUAAUGGGUCCCCACCUCCCUCGGGCCCCCCUUCUGUGGGGCUGAAGGGGUUUAAACCCCCUAAGCCACUUACCUGAAUCUAGCGGUGAUGUUCCUCUGCCCUGGGUCAGACUCCGCCCACGCUCCUCCCCCGCCGUCAGUUGGCUUGGGAGACCUAAUGCGCAGCAAUGGCUGUGCGCGCAUUAGAUCUCCCCAUAGGAAAGCAUUAUUCAAUGCUUUCCUAAUGGGAAAAUCUGAUGCUGGAUGUCCUCGUGCAAAGCGUGAGGACAUCCAGCGUCAGAUAGCGGACCAGAAGCAUGUUAGGAUUCCGGAAGCGUUCUCGGUGGCUGUCUGGUAGACGGCCACUCGGGGCAGACUUAGAGCUGCAAUGGAAAAAAUUGCAGUUCUCUGGAACUGCAAUAUUUAACAUUGCAGCACUAAUUGCAAAAGGGUCACAGACUACUUCAAUUGGCUAAAGUGGUCUGGGUGCCUACAGUGCCCCUUUAAUAGAUAUUACAUAAAUACAUUUUGUUAUCCAAGCAUUUGUCCUAUAUGGCUCUUGCCAAUCCAACCUGAUCUGUAUAAUGUAAAAAUAAAAUAAAAUACAUAAUGCUGAUGCUUCUUAUACAGGAAAAUGCAAACAGGGAGUAUUCCUUAUUUUACCCGAAGAUCAAAUUGUUCCUCACCUGAAUUAUUAUUAUUAUUAUUAUUUUUGUUUUUUUUAACCUGGAAAUAAGCUGAGGAGAUAGAUGGCAAAUUUUCGGUCUCCUAACAUAUGUGAUAACCUAAUGAGGGAAUAGAUUGUCAGCUAAGCUGCAAAGUAGCCACUACUCUCCAGGAGUGUAAUAUAGGCAUGAUACCAUGCCAGCUCUGGACAUUUAUUCAUAGCCCGAGUGUCCGCUAACCAUGUAAUGCCCAUUUAAAAUAUAUUUAAUACAUAUGAACAUAAAAACUAAAUAUUUUAGUAUGAAAUUAAGUAAAACUGAUCUAUGUACUAUAAAUUUUGCUUUAAGUACAUUUUACUUGUCUUUAAUUGUUCAUAUAUUUCCAUGCAUUUUAUAGGGCUUAUUCACUAUUGAAUUUUGACAAUUUGAUAAACAAAUUGUGAGACAAAAUAGUUGCGAGGAAAAUUACUGUAUUUAAAGGAUCACUAUAGGAUCAGGAACACAAACAUGUAUUCCUGACCCUAUAGUGAAAACCCACCAUUUAGGUGGCUUGCCCCCCCUUAGCUCCCUCAAAGUGGGUUAAAACUCACCUAAUUUUCAGCUCUCCACGGGUCUGUUGGCGCUGUCCCCACCUCCUUUGUGACAUCAUCAAAAUAGCAGAUUUUUAGCCAAUCCAAUGCUUUCCCAUCAGGAAAGCAUUGGAUUGGCUAAAAUCAUCAAGGGGACGGGGGCCAAACACUGUUUUCAACUUUACUAUUUUGACUUAAAUUUUCUGUUUCCUUUCCAAUUCACUAUUCAGUGAAUCAACCCCUACAUUUUUAAAAGGUCUUGUAACCACUACACCCAAGACUCCUCGGUUGAACUAUAAACACUAUGGUUGAGUGAUAAUAGUGAUAUGUUUCAAAAAUGCUUAAUGCAAAUGAGUUAUGUAGUAUAAACAUUGGGAUCAGUUCGCAAAAAAUAGAACAAUUUAGAAACAAAAAUAAUUACCUGACUUUGCAAAUGGUUGUUGUAGCGAUUUAUACAUUUUAUUGCUGGCAGUAGAAUUUUGGCAGUGCCACUUUAAUAUCUAUCUCAUCUGUUUUUAAAAUGCCUCACCGUUUUGUUUUUUUAUUCCUCAGCGAUUUAUUCAGUAUCUUGCAUCAAGGAACACAUUAUUUAACCUUAACAACUUCCUAGAUAAAGGUGCUAUGCAAGGUAAUUAUGUAUUUUCUUUUUCUUUCUUUUGUAUAGUGUUGUGUCAUAACCCAUUUACUGUAGUUUUCCUCUGAAAAGACAUACAAACCAAUUCCCAUGAUUCUCUAGUAAAAUCUGAUGGUGUUACUGGGUAUCCUUCACUGAAAUGUGAAUUUCCAACUCUGUGUGUGUCCAACUCUUCUUGAAAUUUGGUGAGAAAUGGGGGUUAUAAAACCGUGAAUCAUUUUGUUUUUUGUUGUGGCUCACCGAGAACUGGUUUGAUGUGCAUCAUUCAAAAUUAUGUCUCCAUUUCUCUUAUUUCCGUAAAUCUUGGUCAUCUUCUAGAGUAAUUGAGGCAUAGCAUUGUUGUGGUCGUCUGCAUCUUUGAGCAUGGUUUAAUGAGAGUAUCAAUGAUGAUAUGGUUUCUCUUAUCAAUCAUAAUACGAUAGGUAGAAGACUGUAUAAGAACUAAAUUUGCGUUUUUCUCACAUUGCAGCCCUUCUUCUCUCUAUUACUUAAAGGAACACUAUAGUCACCUAAACAAAUUUAGCUUUAUGAAGCAGUUUUAGUGUUUAGUUACACUGCUCAAUCCACUGUAAUUUAGGAGUUAAAUCACUGUUUCUGUUUAUACAGCCCCUGUCACACCUCCCCUGGCUCUGAUUGACACAGCCUUCAUGAAAAAAAACGGGUUUCACUUUCAUUCGGAUGUAAUUUACUUUUUUAAACAAUUGCAUCUCUUUCUCUGUAAAUUGAACUUUAAAGGAACACUAUAGUCACCUAAAUUACUUUAGCUCAAUAAAGCAGUUUUAGUGUAUAGAUCAUUCCCCUACAAUUUCACUGCUGAAUUCACUGUCAUUUAGGAGUUAAAUCACUUUGUUUCUGUUUAUGCAGCCCUAGCCACACCUCCCCUGGCUAUGAUUGACAGAGCCAGCAUGAAAAAAACUGUUUUUUUACUUUCAAACAGAUGUAAUUUACCUUAACUAUUUGUAUCUCAAUCUCUAAAUCGAACUUUAAUCACUUACGGGAGGCUCUUGCAGGGUCUUGCAAGCUAUUAACAUAGUAGGGGAUAAGAAAAUCUUAAUUAAACAGAACUUGCAAUAAAAAAAAGCCUAAAUAGGGCUCUCUUUACUGGAAGUGUUUAUGGAAGGCUGUGCAAGUCACAUGCAGGGAGGUGUGACUAGGGUUCAUAAACAAAGGGAUUUAACUCCUAAAUGGCAGAGGAUUGAGCAGUGAGGCUGCAGGGGCAUGUUCUAUACACCAAAACUGCUUCAUUAAGCUAAAGUUUUUCAGGUGACUAGUGUCCCUUUAAUCACGUACAAGAGGCUCUUGCAGCUUGAUGAAGUUGUUCAGGUGAGAACUAUAGCUCCCUGCAGCCUUUCCUGGCUAUACACUGUACAGUGUUUACAUUAGAAUCUAGGAACAUCUCCAGUUGCAGUCACUCAGACUGCCUCAAGAGGAACUUCAGAGUUCAGGGCUGCCUAACUCUCAUUCAUCACGUUUGACGUCUUCACGCUUGGGUGAAUGCAUGAAACGUGAUAACGGGAGGUACUGUGAACGCGCCUCCUGUUUCCUGUAGUAACCUGGAGCCUGUCCGUAAUCAGAGCCGACAGUGUGGGAGAUAACGAUCUCCUGCACACUGAGUUGGCUCGAGCUGACCGGCAGAAGGAAGGAGGAUGCAGAGAUCUCCUGACUUCAAACAGUAAUUACACUUAUUUUAAAAAUUGAGUGUGAGACAGUGUGUGUGUGUGUGUGUGUGUAUUUUUUAACAAUAUUUAUUUUAAAUGUAUGUGUUUGUAUACAAACACUUUAUAUAGAGAGAUCUCAAUAUAUAGUGUUUGUAUUCUAGAUACUUUUGGCUUAGAAGGGUUGCCAUAGGAGGGGGGCGGGCACAGACAGUGAGCUGAGCUGUCAGUCAGCACAGCUCAUAAACGCACACAUGCGCGGUAGAGCGCUCCGUGUUCAUUCAUAGGGCGACAUUCAAUGCGUUCUAUGAAGAAUUCGAUUGGUGCUGCGCAUGCUCACCAGAUUGCUAUGACUCUUCUCUAACAGAAGCGUCUGAGCUCUGCUGCAUCGUCAUUUUGACAAUAAAGGGGGCGCAGCCUGCCGAGUAUCUCAGCGCUGGUGCGGAGGUAAGUUUAUAUCUUAAAAGGGACUUUUUUUUUUUUUUUUUUAUGGAAAGUUCAUAUAAAAGCAAGAAAGAAGGCUAGGGGACCUGUCUUUCUUGCUUUUAUAUGUUGACUAUAGUGCUCCUUUAACACUUUUUACACUUUGUGGAACUCACCACAUAUCUAGCUGUGGUGGGCUGUCUAUUCCAUUGUGAUCAUCAUAGAAUAAAUUGUAACUAUUCAGCAAUUUAUAAACUUCCUAUUAUGUUGGUCUGCCCAACACUACCAUAUUUGAAUAUAGCCAAAAUGAAUAUGUAUGCACCCAUGCACACAACACUUGCAUUUUACUACAAAUUAUAACUUUAAAGAUGCGUUUUAAAUACGAUAAUAAUUUAGCUUAAAGGACCACUCUAGGCACCCAGACCACUUCAGCUUAAUGAAGUGGUCUGGGUGCCAGGUCCAGCUAGGGUUAACCCUUUUUUUCUAUAAACAUAGCAGUUUCAGGGAAACUGCUAUGUUUGUUAGGGUUAAUCCAGCCACUAGUGGCUGUCUCUUGACAGCCGCUAGAGGCGCUUGCGUGCUUCUCACUGUGAAAAUCACAGUGAGAAGACGUCAGCGUCCAUAGGAAAGCAUUGUAAAUGCUUUCCUAUGAGACAGGCUGAAUGCGUGCGCAGCUCCUGCCGCGCAUGCACAUUCAGCCGAGGAGGAGGAGAGUUCCCCACCCGGGACUGGAGAAAGAGGUAAGUUUAACCCCUUCCUCCCCCCUCAGCGCCACGGGAGUGGGACCCUGAGGGUGGGGGCACCCCAGGGCACUAUAGUGCCAGGAAAACGAGUGUUUGUUUUCCUGGCACUAGUGGUCCUUUAAAGCAGCACUAUCAUGCCGAGCUUACCUUUCUUUACCUUUCGGCAUGACAGUGCUGCUUUAAUGCACAUAUCUGCAAUGUCACUGCUCAAUUCUCUGCCAAUUAAUCACUAUUUAUGCAGCCUUAGCCACACCUCCCCAGGCAGUUUGAACCUUCAUACAGCUCUUUCAGCACAGUGUAUUUACUUUUAGACGUUCCAAUAUCCUGCUCUGUUAAUUGACCUUUAAUCCCACGCAAGAGACUGCUGCAAGCGUGAGAUAAGAACUUAUCCAAAAUAAACCCCAAUAAAGAAAGCUUUAAAAAUUGACCUCUUUUUCAGGAAAUGGGUAAGGAUACUGUGUGAAUCAGGGGAGAUGUGGCUAUGGCUAUCUAAAGUGAUAUUUAACUUCUAAAUCGCAGUUAAUUGAGCACUGACUGCACAGCCCGCAUAAUCUUUACACCAAGGCCACUUCAUUAAAGGAACACUUAAAGCUCCAUAGCAACAUCAUCUCAAAUAUCUACUUUGGGUUUGAACCGUUCAUCAGCAGUUUAACCCCUUAACGAAAGAUGACCCAGAACUUUCAGGCACCAUAACUUCUGCAUUGAGAGAAAGUUGAAAUUGUGCUUAGCUGAAAUUAUUUUGGUGCUUGAGUGUCUAUCCCUUUAAGUUUGUAAUCUGAUUUUGAAAAGUACUAUAUUUUGUGAUCUGAUUAGUAUGGAAUGAUUGGGCAUUGUUAAAAACCCUAAAACAAAGUCUUGACUAAGCCACUCUGGGAUUCUGUAAGCUUGUGUAUCACUAAGCAAUGUCCUACGCAAUACACUGAAAACUCUUGUGUGCCUGUGUCUAUAGAAGACUUGCUUUGUCAUCAAUGUCUUGUUAGUUUUAAGGUUAGAAAUACUUUUUAGCCUGUAUAGCUGGGUUGCUCUUCUUUAGAACCUGCAGUUCAAUCUAAUGCAAAACAUAAUUUCAGUGAUGCUGUAUAUAUAAUGUUUGCAGAUUCAAGAAGAAAGGGUAAAUAGUUGCAGGAAGACAGGGAAAAAAUAGAGAAAUUAUGAGAACGUAACAAAAAUAUAAUGCAAGCCGGCAUCACGUUACUUCCUGUACUUUGGUUAUGGUUUUUUGAUGACGGAUGUGGCUGUGGAAUUUAAUUUAAAUAUACAGUAUAUUUUUAGAACAGUAAAUCUGUUUACUAAACCAUAUGUUGCAGGGGGUGUUUGACCAUCUGGCAAAAUUUAGGUCAUAAUCAAUGUUUUAUUUUUAUUUUUUAACCUAAAUUUUAAAAGUCCGUUGUCAACCCACCACAAUCUUCUAUUUACUAGAUCAUUAAGAAUAUUGAAAACUGGCGGCCUAUCGAGCUAGUCAUUAUGUGAUAUCAUGCAGCGAUUGUAUACCAUUCCUUAGAGACUCUAGUGAAUUUUUUUUUUAUUUUUUUUUUAAAGCAAUUUACUCACUAAAAAAAGUCUGGUCUAUAUGUAUAUUUUUCAGUUUAGAAUUACAGAGGACUUGUUUAGAAGCUUCUGUCCUGAAAUAUUUAUACAGGCUAUUAUGUUGAACAAUGAACUAUAAUUUGCAAGGCUUUGUCUGUUAGUCCCAAAACACAACUGAAAUGCAUUAUUUUCUAGGCUAUGACAUGUCAACCUUCAUCCGACGUUACAGCCGAUAUUUAAAUGAGAAAGCUCUUUCCUACAGACUGGUAGCUGUCGACUUCACCAAAAUGAAAAGAGGGUAUGGCAAAUAUCAUGCUUGGUUAUUUCCUUUGCCACCACAAACUGUUAUCUAUAAAUUUGAUUUAUUUCACGUUUCAGAGUAGAUGGCGUGAUGAGAACUAUGGCUACUGAAAAGCUAUUGAAGACUCUUCCAAUCAUUCAAAACCAAUUGGAUGCUCUUCUAGAUUUUGAUGUAGGUAUCAAAAGAAAAAAGAAGCAAGAAGACAGUGAAGUUGUAACAAUUAUGUAACAAAAUACAGCGUCAACUUCACAUGUUUUUUGUCUUUAUUUGUUUUUUCUCUUUGAAAUAGGCAAACCCAAAUGAGCUUACGAAUGGUGUUAUAAACACAGGCUUCAUGCUUCUUUUCAAAGAUUCGAUUCGGUUAUUUGCUGCUUACAAUGAAGGUGUUAUUAACUUGCUAGGUAUGUGUGACAACUGACGUUAUUCAACCCAUUACGUAGGUAUUUAUUAUUUGUUAUUGUUUUUGGAACUAUCAAUGUGCAGUGCUGCAUAGACUUUUUGAUCAGUAAUCUGUAUAUUUUGCUAAUUCUACUAAUGAGAAAUAAGCCAGUGUGCUUUCUAUUUUAUAAGUCUUAUCUUUCUAUAAAGUGUAUGAAACUAGUUUUACAUAAAACUAUUCAAAGAGGAACUGUACAGUUUAAAAGCGUGAAUUACUUUAUAUUUCCACAUAGCGUGUUGUUGUUGUUAUUAUUAUUAUUUUAUUAUUUAUAUAGCGCCAACAAAUUCCGUAGCGCUGUACAAUGGGUGGACUAACAGACACAUAAUUGAGAUCAGACCACUGACGUACAGGAACAGAUGGGGUUGAGGGCCCUGAGCUUAGUGUUUUAUGGUCUUCUUGCAUCCCGUGUCAGAUAUUUACAUACUAUUUUGCCUUUGUGUGUGUUUGUUUGUUUUGUAGAAAAAUACUUUGAUAUGAAGAAGACCCAGUGUAAAGAUGCUCUGGAUAUGUAUAAGAAAUUCCUUGCCCGCAUGACAAAACUGUCAGAAUUUCUCAAAGUGGCAGAGGUAUGUGCUCUCUGUUUAGCAUCAAAGGGGCUUUAUUUAGCUAUUGGCACUGGUACAGUAGCAUGUGUGCAUGUGACAACUUGAAUGCUGAAACAAGCUAUAUUGAUAAGUAAAUGGCCAUUGAAUGCUAAAUAAAACUCACACUAUUAAUGCUCUUUUGCUUGAUACCAUUUUUCAUUUCUGUUCCUGUUUUGUGUUAACGAAAGCAAUUUGUAAGAUUUGUACCUUAGCAUAUACCAUUCAUUUUCCAAAUAAUUUAUUUGAACAUUAAAUUAUUAUUUAUUUAUUUUUAAAUAACCGUGGCUAUUUCAUAAUAAAUACUAUUGAGUGCAUCAAAAAGAACUGCAUGAUAAGUGCUUGAUAUUUUUAUUUGUUUUUAAUUGUUUUUAAAAAAAUUUCUGUUUGCCAAUGCAACUGUACCAGUUCAGAAAGUUAGUAAUGUCCCUUUCUCUGCCAUCUUGUGUGUAAACAUUCAAAUUCCAUAGCACUCUCCAUUACCACUGCAUGAAGUAAUGUACACUUUUUCUUUCCUCCUCCUGUUUUUUUGUGAACUCAGCAAGUUGGAAUUGAUCAGGGUGACAUUCCAGAUCUUACUCAGGUCAGUGUGCAUUCCAUGUUCAUUUACUCUGAUAUUUUUGUUGCUCCUUUUUUUUGCCUCUGUUUUUUUCCAUAAUUCAUUAUCUUGAGAAUUGUUCUCUUCCAUAUAAAUUGCUUAUAUGGAAAUGCAUACCUGUGAGUUGGUGUAUCGGAAUUCUUCAUCUCUGUUGUCAAUUAAUUAACUUGUUUAUUGUACUGUAAAUAAUGCUGGUCUAACUAUAACAUAAUGUUUGGAUCAUUUGAGGUUGGGAGGUAUCUAGAAGAGGAUUUGCUACUUGCUUAUGUGUUACCCAUGCCGCAGCACAAACACUGUUUUUGUUUGGUUCCAUGGUCAGCUUGGAUGACGUAUGAACUUUUUUUUUUGCAAUUUUAUUUUUCUUUCGAUUUCUUUUUACAACGCACAUUCAUGUGCAUGAAGUAAUGCGCAGUCACUGGGUAACUCAUUAUUUUUUUUUUUUUGGUUUUGUUUUUUUAGUGUCAGCAUGUUUAAAUUUUAAGGCAUUAUCUUUAACGCUGAAAUCACUUGAGGAUUUUUCUUUUUCCUGUUUUGGGUUUUGUAUGUAUAGGCGCUAUAAUGUGACUGUUAAUUUACAGGCACCCAGCAGUUUGCUUGACGCCCUUGAACAACACUUGGCAUCUCUUGAAGGAAAGAAAACAAAGGAAGUAUCUGCAGCCAGUCGGUGAGUUCCAUUAAAUAGCCAAAAAACCUCUGGCAAUCUUGACCAACUGCUUCUUGGGAACUGUAGUACACAUAAUCCAGCGCAACCAGAGUUUAUUGUCCCUGACCUGUAAAUAAUAUGUAGAAAGUUAAAGGGACACUAUAGUCACCAGAACAAUUAAAUCUUAUUGUAUUUGUUCUGGUGAAUAGAAUAUUACCUUCAGGCUUUUGCUGUAAACACUGUCUUUUCAGAGAAAAUGCAGUGUUUACAUUACAGCCUAGUGAUAACUUCACUGGCCACUCCUCAGAUGGCUGUUAGAGAUCCAUCCUGGGUCAUGGCUGCCUAAAAUGCAUCCAAACAUUCAGUACCUCCUCCCUCUGCAUGCAGACACUGAACUUUCCUCAUAGAGUUUCAUUGAUUCAAUUCAUCUCUAUGAGAAGACUGUGUUUGACUUGUGUUGGCUUUGCCCCUGAUUUGCCUCCUUCACAGUCUCAGCCAAUAAUAUGGGGAAGCAUUGUGACUGGUUCAGAACAACACUUCUGAUGUCAGCAGACAGCUUGCAGGUUUGAGGCACACAGGCGCAGAACUAGCAGCUUCAGGCUUGAAUACAAAUAAGAUCUUACUAUAUUUAGGCAAGGGAGGGCCAGGGGGACUAGAUAGUGGUUUUAACACUAUAAGGUUAGAAAUGUAUAUUUGUGUUCCUGAACCUAUAGUGCUCCUUUAAAAUGUUUUUUUGUUUGGUUUGAGAAACUUCAAUUGACUAAGUGAUAGGUGUGGCAGAACCAGUAUAUGUAGAAAUCAUUUUCCCACUAAUGUGGCCAUUCAUAAAUAUAUUUUUUAUAUUUUAAGUUAUAGUUUACUGCAUAGUUUCAGUGUGCCUAUCUAUCUAUCUUUUUUUUUUUUUUUUUUUUUUUUUUUUUUUUUUUUUUUUUUUUUUUUUUUUUUUUUUUUAUGGAGUGUUGUGGUAGUUUCAUACUAGAAGAGCUAAAAUAAAUGUUUUUCACAAGGCUUUUGACAAAAAUCUUGAUAUUUAAUUGAUCAAUUUUGCAAAAUUAUUUAUUUUUUUGGUGGUAAAUAAAACAAAUGUGUAUAUCGUUUGCUGGAUUGUGUUACUUAGUGCCAUUGCUCACAUAUUUUGUAUGCUUUCAAAAUGUAGAUUUCUCGUUCAUAUAAAUACAAAGUAUUUAGUCCCUUACUUGUUCUAAGCUUUUCAAGCACCAUUACGAAUUCAGUGACGUAGAGUGGUCAUGGUUCCUGCAGUGUAUAUGUGCAGCGUUGCACAGUGUAACUCCACCACGUCAUUUAAGACAUAACUAGCCAUCGUGGAUUCAGCGUUUAUGGCCGGCAAAUAUUACUUCUGUGUAUGGUCCUAUGCACAGAAUUGCAUACAUUGGCUGUGGUCUAAGACAAUAAGUGGGCAGCUGGAGUGACUCCUGGCUUUUGCAGCUCUGCAGAAGCUGAAUGUUGUCACCACCUAGAGAGGAGACCAGGUGCCUGGCAAGACCCAAGUAAGAGGGCAAACUAUUGUAAAACAGUUUGCCCAUUUCCCAGGAAACAAGGCAAGGGUACUUCUGGCAUCAUUUACGUCUGGAGGGCACUACCAUUCUGCAGAGAUAGGUACAUUAAUUUGGAGUGUGUAUAUAAACUCUGUAAGAUGUAGACAGAGAUGAAUUCCCUCUCCCAUUAAUGUGACUCUUGUAUAUUUGUUAUUUUGUGUUCGUGCAGGGCAGACAUUUCCCUUAUUGUAUUGCACUGACCAUUAAGGAUUGUUACAAUUCAAAAUUCUGUGAGUGAGCCAGAGUUAGAGUCUGGCUAUGCACAGUUUGGUAGUGAAUGGGGUUUGUUUUCCAAGACACACAUGCCAUUGACUUCACUCUAAACAAAAAUGUCUGCCACAAGUAAAUAUUUGUGUACAAACACCUUCCUAAUAGCUCUGCACACUUACUAUACCGUUUUCAGAAUUUGAAAUAAGCUUCAUGCUCUGGAUAUUCACGGGUUACCCAUGUGAGAGCUACAAAUACAGACAUUGCUAUAAAAAAAAAAAAAUUACUAAAUUAUUUUCCAGGGUACAUCUAGAAUGACUCUGUUCAACCUCUACAGUAUUUAUUUGGCUAAGAAUGGGUGCGCAAGUGACAAUUUUACUGUUAAACUUUAUUAAAGGUUACAUAAAAGCUGGAGUCAACCUAGUAGAGUCCUGAUACCGAAGGUUUUGCUCCGUACUGAAUUACAAAAGACCAGUGUGCCAUGGCUCACGGACUGAAAACCACUUAUCCUGAAGCUGAGAGGAAAGACAUUACGUUUGCACCUAGGCAAUCUGAUGUAAUUCAAACCAAAUAGAUGAUCCAUUAAAAAAAAAAAAAGUAUUCAUAAAUACAUAUACAUUUACAUUCAGAAAUAUUUGGACACUGACACAAUCUUCAUAAUUUUGGCUCUGUAUGCCACCACAAUUACUGAAACACUCGAGAUACAAUUGAAGUGCAGGCUUUCGGUUUCAAUUAAAGUGGUCGAGCAAAUAUAUUGUGUGAAACAUUUAGGAAUUUCAACCAUUUUCAUACUCAAAUAGUCCAAUUAUUUCAGGGGCUCAAAUGUAAUUGGACAAAUUAACACAAUCCUAAAUAAAAUGUUUUAUUUUUAAUACUUUGUCGAAUGAAGUCAACCCUUUGUUCAGUGGUGGAACUAAUGCAGAUAGGGUUGUGGUGCAAGAAAUUAUUUUGGGACCCCAUCCAGCACCAAAAUGUUGCGCAGCGAUGGUGAUGUAAGCAUAUUUGUUUAUGGUGGAUGUUUGUGUGAAAUUAAGGUGUGUCUUUGUGUAUAGUGUUGACAUUUGAAUGCAGCUGUGUGUUAAUAUGUACUGUUGCUACUUAUAAACAGUGGUGUACUUCUGUAGUGUGUUUGAAUGUGGGGGUAUGUUUUUGUGUAGUUUUGUUGUUUGUGUAUAAUGCUGGUGUUUUAAUACAGGAAUGUGUUUGUGAGUAGUUUUAACAUUUGAUUGCAGGUUUGUGUUUGCAUGUAGUAUUGACAUUUGAUAGUUUUAAUUUUAAAUAAUUUUAAUGUUUGAGUGCUGGGAUGUAUUCACAUAUACACACAUGGCCACACUAUAACACAGAAACACAUACACUAGCACACACACAUAUACCUACACACAGAUACAUAUACCCCCCUCCACCCACACACACUGGCACAUGUGCACAUACACUGGUGCACACACAGAUACAUAUACCCCCGUUGUCCCUAUACCUUUUGGUUGCAGGGAGAUGACUCCCUGCGGUUGGCUGCCAAUGAUAGGAGUCUGAGUAUCUAUGCCUGCAGUGCUCUUCCUCUGUGUGGUCCCUGCUGCGCGGACCAUAGGCUGGGAGGAAGUGACAGAUGGAUUUCUCAAAGUAUCACAGAUACUGCAGAGACCUGUGUAGCAACAAUGCCCAUCGGGUGGCCCUUAGUGCAUUGGCCACCCAGUGGGCCACCAUGGCAUGUGGGCCCCAGUAGUUCCACCACUGCCUCUGUAUUUGCUCUUGUGAAGUCUCAUCUUCAUGGUAGACUUCCUCCUGGAAAGUGUUCUUUACUUGGCUGGAUAUUGUGUAAGGGUUUUUCUUUACAAUGGAAAGAAUCCUACGAUCAUUAACCACUGUUGUUAUCCGUGUACGUUCAGGUCCUUUUCUGUUAUGGAACUCACCAAUUUUAUUUAUUUAUUUUUCUCUUUCUCAGAAUGUACCAAAAUGUUGCUUUGGCUACUCCUAAUGUUCCUAUCAUCUCUCUGGAUUUUACAUUUUUUUUUGCAGCCUUAGGAUGUCCUGUUUCACGUGCAUUGAGAGUUCCUUUGACCGCAUGUGGUGUGUUCACAGCAACAGCUUACAAAUGUGAAAUGCCACACCUGGCAUCAACUUCAGAUCUUCUACCUGCUUAAUUGAUAAAGAAUAUAGCCCACACCUAUCCAUGAAACAGUUUUUGAGUCAAUUAUCCAAUUGCUUUUGGUCUCUUGAAAAAGAGGGGGCUACAUAUUAUUGAGCUGUAAUUCCGGAAUCCUUUCUACAAUUUGGAUUUGAAUAACCUCAAAUUAAAGUAUACCCAGAAUAUUCAUUUUAAAGCUAAAAUAUAUGAUUUGAAAAAAAUCUACAAAGUCGCUACAGAUUAGCUAGAGUUUGAAGUUUACUACAACUCCAAGAAUCUCUCCCUACUUGCUCCAGACAGUUUUAACUUUGUGAUGAUUUUUUUUUUUUUUUUCCUACUAAUUCUGGUAUAAAAAGGCUGUUUAUUCUAUCAUGUAAGUCCCAGAUACGUAUUCUUAAAAGUUUGGCUUGUCUCAGAUUAUUUCCUUUUGUUAGUUCUCAGUCUUUUUUUUUUUUUUUUAUUAUUAUUUAAAGGGACACUCCACUGCCAAAACACAAAAUAAAUACAAAUUACUGGUUAGUAGAUGUACUCAAAAUUAAACCUUGCAUUAAUUUAAUUAUGCAUUUGUCCAUUGAGGUUAUAUCUAAAAACAGCUUGCAAAUCCUGCAGCUCUCUUGUUAAUGAGAUGUCUCUUUGCAAGGCAGGUGUUCUGAGCAAUUGUCUGCCUCUUGUGUUUAGCUCCACUGAGCUAACCAAACCAGGAAAUAACAGGGCCUGUUAUCUGCUUGAAGGCCAGGGGGUGUAACCAGCAUAAAUUUAUAAGUGUCAAUUUCUAUUGAAAUGUGCACUUUUGCAAAAUGAAAAAAUGGGACACUCUUCACAUAUAAAGCUAUUCAGCAAAUUAAAUUGAUUUAGGGGUCUGGAGUGUCCCUUUAAAUAAACCCCACUUUGUUUCAGUCUCAUUGAUUUCAGGCAGCUUAUGCAAAAUACUGUGAUGAAAAUCUUCAAUUAAUCCUAUCUAUCAGUGUUACAAAAUGUACCCAGGAAAUGUGUCAAUAUUGCAUUGGUCAUGUACUUUAUGCAAUACAGUUUAUGCAAGCUUCACUUAAAGGACCACUAUAGUGCCAGGAAAACAUACUCGAUUUCCUGGCACUAUAGUGCCCUGAGGGUGCCCCACCCUCAGGAUCCUCCUCCCACCGGGCUGGAUGGAGAGGAAGGGGUUAAACUUACCUCUUUCUCCAGUGCCGGGCGGAGAGCUCUCCGCCUCCUCUCCUCCUUUUCGGUUGAAUGCGCAUGUGCGGCAAGAGCUGCGCUCGCAUUCAGCCAGUCAAUAGGAAAGCAUUCUUAACUUUUUGAUAAGUGUUCCAGUUGAUUCAAUACUGUUAUAAAAACGUUUCAAAUUAUGUAUCUGCAAAAAGUCACAAACUUGAUGAAGUGUGUGUGUGUGUAUAAAUUUUAUUUUUAUUUUUUUGGUCAAUCUUUUAUUUUUGCAGUGCGUGAGUAACAUAAACAAGCUCGUAUCGCCACAACAGCGUGUACAAGCUAAAACAGUAAUACAGUGUUAUGGCAUGCAAGAAUGGCACCCUUUUUUUGUUAGUAAAUGCAGGUUAGGUACUUAUGUCUUAAGUUAUAGCCUGUACUAGUUGGGUAAAAACGAGGUGAAAAUAAGACUCAUCGAUUGAUAAUAAAGGAGUACUACUAUGAAAAGCGUUUCUUAGGGCUAGCAUACUCUUAGAUUAAAUUAUUUCAGGCUAAACAUGCAUAAAGGCUAAAGGCCACAUGUUCGGCAAGACAAAUAUGUAGCGGGCUUAAAAGUUGUAAACCACAAGGCUUUGGGGCGCGUCUGCAUCAAGCAAGGCUUGUUAAGAAAUAGACCAUUGGACUGAAAAAAGAGAAAAAUCAUACUUUUCUAAUAAAACGAAAGCAGAAUAUACAUUUAUGGCAUUGCUGGUAAUGUUCAGCAGGCAUCAUGUAUCUGCCUGUUUAGAGCUGCCUGUGAGUAAGUCCCGGUGUGCACGCUGUGGUACUGUCCAGGAGUGUGUUUGUGCAUUUAUCCUAUGCCCACGAUCAGGGAGCUGCCAGCAGGUUGGUCUAGGGUCCGCAUCCAAUUUUGGCCACUCCACCGGCCCCAGGCCUUCUCAAGGGCCCUUCAUGCACUUUCCACCGCUCCGGUCACUUUCAGCACCGCAAGCGAGGUCCCGGGCGGUUGUGUGAUGGAAAAGUCCCGUCCAGGCAUGUGGGGUACGUAGCAUGGUGUUUCCCUUUCGGGCCCUCAGCCCAGGAAGGCCGAUGUGAGCCUUGGGUUUUAUGGGCCGCCUUCUCCGCUUCGCUGGUCUCCGUUUCCCAGGCGUCGUGUGCGGUCUUUUCUUUUCGCCAGCCACUCCACGCAGUUUUUCCGGUGGUGAGUAAUGCGGUUGUGUAGGGUGUAGCGGCUCCCUCUGGGUCUGUGCCCCUUUGUUUUGCAUUCUCUGCCAGAAGUUUUCUAGGAGGUCGUCCAGGCGCUGCUAGAGUGUCUGCAGUCGGUUCAGUGUGUCUGCAGCUGGUACAGUAGCCGCCAUUUUGAGGCAGAUUGCGCCCCUCUGUCUUUUCUUUAAGACGAUGUGCUUGUCAAAGGUGUAGCUUGGCUGUGGUGAUGGUGUCGGGAUAACCCCCACUGGCGGGGGGGGAGCGGGGACCCGUAUAACGUCAGCUUGUUCCGGUCGGAGAGGCAGUAGGGAGAUCGUCCGCUUCUCCCAGGCUCUCACCUCGAGGUAGGCCUCAGUGGCGGUGCAGGCUCAAUCUGCUUGUCUGACGCCUGAAAACCCUUGUGCUGUUGCAGAGUAGCUUGCAGGUAGGUAUCAGCGCAAAUUUAGCCGUUUGCUUUAAAAAAUACUGUUUUUAGGCGAUAAUUGUUAACUCUUGUACAGAGCCCACACUGCAUGCAGCCUUUCAGUUUGGCAGCUAGGCCCCGCCUCCAUAUAUAAUUUUAGUGAGGUGUGUGUGUGUGUGUGUGUAUAUGUGUAUAUGUGUAUGUGUAUAUAUAUGUGUGUGUAUAUAAUAAAAAAAUUUUUUUAUUUUUUUUGCAACAUUUAUAUGAUGGAUAGUGCUGGGAUGUGACAUAACUCAUACCUUAGCGCUAUUCACUGUCUCUCAACAUACCACCAUGUGAAUUAGUAGAAAGAGGGUUCUUGGGGGAAAUAUUCGGUACUCCUACUUUCCUUGCACUCCCUGGUGUCAGUCUAAGAACUGAAAACCAUUUAUCGGAGACCUCACAUAUGUUUUUGGACAUAAUGGAAAAUGUUUAUACUUUAACAUAUUUAAAGGAACACUAUAGUCACCUAAAUUACUUUAGCUAAAUAAAGCAGUUUUAGUGUAUAGAUCAUUCCCCUGCAAUUUCACUGCUCAAUUCACUGUCAUUUAGGAGUUAAAUCACUUUGUUUCUGUUUAUGCAGCCCUAGCCACACCUCCCCUGGCUAUGAUUGACAGAGCCUGCAUGAAAAAAAACUGGUUUCACUUUCAAACAGAUGUAAUUUACCUUAAAUAAUUGUAUCUCAAUCUCUAAAUUGAACUUUAAUCACAUACAGGAGGCUCUUGCAGGGUCUAGCAAUCUAUUAACAUAGCAGGGGAUAAGAAAAUCUUAAUUAAACAGAACUUGCAAUAAAGAAAGCCUAAAUAGGGCUCUCUUUACAGGAAGUGUUUAUGGAAGGCUGUGCAAGUCACAUGCAGGGAGGUGUGACUAGGGUUCAUAAACAAAGGGAUUUAACUCCUAAAUGGCAGAGGAUUGAGCAGUGAGGCUGCAGGGGCAUGUUCUAUACACCAAAACUGCUUCAUUAAGCUAAAGUUGUUCAGGUGACUAUAGUGUCCCUUUAAGCACUGUAAAUAUAUGUGAAUUUCAGAUGCAAUUUUCAAUUAGAUCGAAGAUUUUGACUUUUGAAUCCGUACUAACUCUGCUCUCCGAUACAUGUCAGUCCCCAAGUACUUGCUUUAGGUGUUACAUCUAGUUUUACCGUAAAUUUUAUUUUGUGUGGCUGCUUUUAUCCAGUCAGCUUAACUGCUUGUGAAAGUGAAUAUUCAAGAGUUUUAGGUUUUUUGCAACCAAACCUUAGACCACGGACUCCUCAUUAACUCCUUUUUGUCCUCGUAUGGCAGUGUGUGCUAGACAUCCAUCACAUAAGCAGCAUCAUGCCAUGCUGAAAACAUGAGGCUAGAUGGAUAUGUAAUUAUCACAACUGUAUGGUUGAAUAGUAUGUGCAGUUGUAUGCAUGUACACACAAACAUAUUCAUUAUAUAUAGUUUGAGAAAGCAUACAUAUAUUUUAUCUAUCAUCAAUUGUUUGUGUUUUUUUUUUUGUCUUUUUUCCUUACAGAGCAAGCACCUUAUCCAGUGCUGUAUCAUCUCUUGCAACAACUGGGCUGUCAUUUAGCAAAAUGGAUGAAAAGGAGAGACAGCUGGCACUUGAAGAGGAGCAAGCAAGGCUGCAGGCACUUAAGGUAUUUAUUGAGACCUUGUGGAAUGGCCAAGAAAAUGGAUGUUCUAUUUCUGUUUUUUUAUUUUUUUUUAUUUAUUUUUUACCUCAAUUGGUUACCUGUCAAAUUCUUUGUUUGAUAUUUGAUUCUGGGACUGACUGGAAAAACAAAAAACAAAAAACAACCUCCUAUGCAAUGUAUACCAGUAUUCUAUAGCUCCCAUAGUCAUAAUAGCUUCCUGCUCUGUCUUGGCGUAAGAUAAAUAUAGCAGUUGUUUAUUGUGCAAGAUUUCUGCACAAGAGAUCAUUUAGAAAAUGAAAAGUGAGCAGCAGCCGUAUGAGACAGCCCAGGCCUGCCAACCUGGGACCCUGUUAGUCAAUGGGGGAAGAUGAGACUGGAUGACAACUUAUGUUGCUAGUUGUAAUGGCACUAGAGCUUCACCUGGAUUCUCUUAUCCAGUCCAGGUUACAGCUCUCUCUUUGAGUAACAAAAAUAAAGUAGUAGAUAACUCAAAGUAAAAAGAACAAAACAAAUUUAAUCUAAGUAGUAUGCAUACAAAAACAGCAACCGCAAAAUCACUCAUGUACCCAUGACACAACAACUGGACUGUUGUUGCCACUAGAUGCUUCCACUAUACACAAAUAGUGUUUUAAAGUUAACUAAACGGAAUGACUUGUUGCAAAAGUGUAUGUUUGAAGUCAUUUGACAGUGCCAUAUUUAGAGUUCUUCAGUAUGACACAUACUGCCUGUUUUUGUCUGUGGACAUUUAAUGUCCUUAAUUUUAAUGCACUUGAUGGCAAGGGAUUCGGGUAGAGUACCUUAACCUAACAAUUGGUAGGGGUAUACAUAUCCUUUGGACUGCAUAGUGUAUAUUAAUAGGUCAGAACACCAUAGUAUAGAAUACAACAUGGAGGGUGGCUAAUUCAAACAUACUUCUUGUGUAUUUGCCUUAAAUUCCAUGUUAAAAGUAAUUUGGUUAUAUUUGUGGUCCUGCAGAAGAAUUUUAUGGAUUAUUGUACAAGAGUAGAGAAAAGAAAGGGGGGGAAGGGCUGCGCUAUACGUAUAUUAUAGAGAGUAAACUAUAUAAAGAGCUUGCUGGUUAAAACGGAGUCCAUGCAAAAGUAGACAAUAAAACAAAGUCCAUGCAAUAGUAGAGAUCAAAUAAUAAAAUGUCCAAUAAAAUCGUCUCACUGGUAUAUGGACAGGGCGUAUAUACAAUCCUCAGGAGUAGAUCCGUCCGGGUUGUAGGUGGUCCGUAUAUGUGAAGAUAAAAGCACAACAAACUUCCAAUGGUGUAGUUUUACAACUUAAGGAGUAAGUAAAGUAAAAAUGGAGGAAAAUACACUCACAUUUGAUGGAGCUUUGGACCAGCUCUUGGAUGAAGGGCAUUUAGCGGUAUAAUCCCCGCUAGAGGAUAUACUGUGGCUGUAGAUCUGUCCGUCCAACUGGGUUUCCGUAGUUGUCCGUAAAAUAUAUAAAAACCAUAAUAGUGCUCUCAAUUGGAAAAGAUAAAAUAUACUCACAAUGAUAGAGCAGAAAGUACUGCUUUAUAGGUACAGCUCUGGUGGAAUAAUCCCCACCUAUGGAUUGCUUGGACAGGAUACAGUAGAAUGCCAGGAAAAAUAAAUAAAUAAAAGAAAGUGUAUAUGCAAUAAAAUAAAAAUUGGUCCUAUAACAAAAGGAUACCAAAUAAAACUUUUUAUUGUUAAAAUAAACAAUUUUAAACCAUUUAACGCAUUUCGCCUCUGGGGCUUUAUCAAAAAUGGUAAAAGAACAGCAUACCUGGCAUUGAACAGUUUAUAUAGCAAUGUACAGUAGUUGAAAUUGGCGCCCAAAACAAUUGGUCCAAUAGCAAACAAGAAUUGGCAAAAGAUUUUUUGGGGGUUUUGCAAAAUAGAAUAAAACCUGUUGUGUAUAUAUUUAUAGGGCUUACCUAAGUCCUAGAGUAUAAAUGUAUAAUAAAAACGAGGGUAGUAUUUGACAUAUAUUGUUUUAAACCGAGUCACGUGAUCGGAGCGAGGGGGUGUGGCAGAUGUAAUGGUGAGCGGCGAAUGACGCACGGCUCACUCAGUGAGGUGGUACAGCCCCCUGUUAGCAUGUGACCGGCAACUGGGAGCAGUGCUCACAGGGAAAUGUAGUUUUGCCGGUCACAAUGCACACAGGGAGGGGCAGUGAGCGGCUGACUAGAAACUGUUAGCCAGUCGCUCACCUACAGAUCUGCUAUUAUGGGUGGUCAAAAGGACCAAAAUAGUCUAUCAAGCAAUGCUUUUGAAUAGGGAAAAAUACUAAAAACAAAAUUUUGUCUUUACAUGUAUAUACAAAUAUAAAAACAGGGAGAGAGAUAAUUGAGGAUAAAAUAAAUGCAGAUAAAAAUACAAACAGAUAAAAGUAAAAACAAAUUGAAAAGUGAAAUGUAUCAUAAAUUAUUAAUAAUAAUGGAAUGGAAAAUUUGUUAUUGAAAAAGAAUAAUAAAAUAUAAAGAGUGCAAACUCAUAGAAAAUUAUGUAAAUCAAAGUUUACAUUUAAACCUUGUGGUGCAAGAGUCUGCAAAUUAUAAACCCAUUCCAUCUCUACUUUUCCUAAAAUAUUUUUGAUAAGGUAAAUAUCUUAAUUCCUAUACACUUUAGUAGUUUAGGAUCUUUAUUGUGAUUCAAAAAAUGUUUGGAUACAGAAUGGCUUAUGUAUCCAUUUUUAAUAUUUCUACAAUGUUCGCUUAUUCUGGUUUUCAGGCUCCUUGUGGUCAUUCCAACAUACUGGAAGCCACAAGGGCAUUCAAGCAAAUAAAUUACAUUUUUCGUGUUGCAACUUAUAAAUUCCUUAAUUUUAUAAGUGAUUUUAGUCCUGCUUGAGGUGAAUUCAGUAAUUUUAGGCGGUAGUGUAGAAUCAGUAGUUUUGCACACAGUACAUGUUUUGCAUUUAUAAAACCCUUUAACUUGUGGAAAAAAAGAUACUGAGUUAAUAUAUUGAAUUUUUUUAGUAAAAUUUGUAGUUAAAAUAGAUUUAAAAUUUGGAGCUCCUCUAAAAACUAUAUUUGGCUUACUCGGGAUAAUUUUAUUAAGUUUGUCAUCAUGUUCUAAGACAGGGGUUCUCAACGUUAGUCCUCAGGACCCCCUACCAGUCCAGGGUUUAGGGAUUACCUGGGUGUGUCUAAGGUGUUUAUAGAAAGAAAAAAAAACACCUUUUGAGUCUAAGGUGUUUUUUUUUCCCAUUUUUCUAAACACCUGAGACACACCCAGGUAAUCCCCAAACCCCUGUUCUAAGAUGUGCCAAUGCUUUUUUUAAUGAUCUUUUUAAUUUCUCUGCUUUUGUUGUUAUAGUCAAAAGUAAUAGGAAGUAAUGUGGAAUCAUUGUUUUUUUUCGUUUUGUAUUUUAGAAGUUCAUCUCUAUUUAUAGUUUCUAUCUUACUAAUUUUUUCUUUUAAAUCUGUUUCCAAAUUUCUUUCCAUACAUUUAUUUUUUAGGAUAUCCGCUUGUUCUUUGAAGUUUUCUAGAUCAGUGCAAUUUCUGCUUAGUCUCAAAAAUUGACUUUUUGGGACGCUGUCAAGCCAUGGUUUAUAAUGACAGCUAGUUUUGUCGAUGGCUGUACUGACAGACUUUUUAAAAAAAAGGCUUUAGUGUGUACUUUAUCAUCUUUAAUAAAAAUAUCAAGGUCUAAAAAAAUGAUUUGUUCUCUACUAAAAUCAUGCGUUAAAAUUAUGCCUCUAUUAUUGUUAUUUAAAAUAUUAAUAAAAGAAAUAAGACUGUCUUCGGGCCCAUCCCAAAUAAAAGCGGUCAUCUAUAUAUCUAAAAUAUGAGACCAGGUUCGCCCUUAGUUGGUCCCCAUCGUAUAUUGCGGAAGAUUCCCAAUCUGACAUGAAUAGGUUAGCGUAACUAAGAGCGAACUUGGUACCCAUAGGAGUCCCCUUUUUUUGAAGAUGAAAAGAAUCUAAAAACCUAAAUCUAAAAAAGUUAUUUUUUUUUAAGAUGUCUAUACCUUCCAAUGUAAAAUCUAUCUGUUUCUUAGAGAGCCUAUUUUCAUUAGUUAAAAUAUUUUUGAUAGCUUUGAUGUAUUGUACAAGAGUACUCUCUACCAGAUGGUUACCUGAGUAGUUGUUGGAUUUGUGUUCCUUCGUACGCUAGAGGUUAUUCUGGGAGGCAAUUUGUUUUCCUAAAAAAGAUGGGUUUUAAGGAACUUCUUAAGCGAUUGGAGAGUCUGAUGGCGGUAGGUAGGCUAUUCCAUAGGAAGGGAGCCGCCCGCGAGAAGUCCUGCAAGCGUGAGUUGGCCGUACGGGUGUGAACAAUCGAUAAGAGAAGGUCAUGGGCAAAGCGGAGAGACCGAGAAGGGCAUAUCUAUGGAUCUGUGAAGAAAUAUGAGGGGCUAGAAUUGUUCAGUGCUUUAUAGGUAUGGGUUAGCACUUUGAAUUGACUCCCAUAGGAUACAGGAAGCCAAUGUAAGGACUGACAGAGGGGUGAGGUGUGAGAGGACCGACUAGAGAGGAAAAUCAGUCUGGUGGCAGCGUUCAUUACAGACUGUAGAGGGGCAUUACGGCUUUUGGAAAGACCAAUUAGGAGAGGGUUACAAUAAUCCAUGCGGGAAAAUACUAGGGCAUGGACAAGCUCCUUGGUAGCAUCUUGCGUAAGAAAGGGACGGAUGUGGGCUAUGUUUUUAAGAUGGAAUCUUCAGGAUUUGGAAACAUACUGGAUGUGAGGCCAGAGUCAAGUAUGACGCAAAGACCGCGCGGUUGCAAGGAUGGACUACAGAUCCCUCCUCUCCCUCCUCAUCCAUUAAAUAAAUCUUUUUAUGCAACAGUGUAAGAAAUUGAUUUAGUAAUGCUUGGUUGAACAAAGCUAAGUUCUGUGGUGUGUUUUAAGUAAAUAUUUUUGAAGAAACCCACUUAUUGAAACAGGUUUACAUGUUCCAUACAGGGAAUUUCCAGGAAACAGUGGCUAUUCAGACACAUAUAUACAUACAUACAUACAUACAUACAUACACCACACCCCACACACAUACACAUACGUGUGUAUAUAUAUGUGUGUAUACAUGUAAAAUGGAUUUCAAUCCUUGCUUACACUAAAGCAAAGCAUGUUGCCAGCUGAAUAUCCUCCCCACCCUUCACCCCUCAUGUUGACUACGGUUAUGUUAUUUCUUGUGCACUAAAAUUGUACUACCAGACUUUACAACUUGAUAUGUUUUCCUGCAUGACACAUGCUGUACUGUAUUAAAUUUUAGUUGAGUGCAUUCAUAAAAAAAAAGCAGUCUGCAAUUGUCUGUGUUUUUGCAACCAAUAAAAGUAUAUAUGGGUGCACAUUUGCCUCAGUUGGGAGGUUGGAAAUUAUAAGUUGAAAUAGUCAUUUAUGCUUGUAUAUUGCCCACUUUGCACAAAACAUAUUACUUUAAUAGCACUGCCUAUUAUAAAUGCCCUUUUGAAUAACAAUUGUAGUAGUGGUUAUUUAUGAUCAACUUCCUCUUGAUUUUAACAGGAACAACGACUUAGAGAGAUAUCUGUGGUGUCAAACUCUACAUCUGCGUCACCGAGCACUUUAUCUGGGAAAAGUGUGAAUACAACUGCAGCUGUAGACUUAUUUUCAACACCUGCACCGACAACCAAUAGGUGAGAAAACAGGACUAAUUGAAUUUAUUGCAUGCUUGACUGGUUUUAAAUUUAAAAGAACACUAAAGUGUUAGGAAUACAAAAAUGUGUUCCUAACACUAUGGUGUCCCUCACACCUCCCCCGAUUGCAAAAGGUUAACGCGCUUUUUUUUUUUUUUUAACUUGCCUGAUUCCAGUGCUGAUGUCCCUUGGCACUGGAUUGGGCUCCUCCUCAGCUGACGUCACAACAAUUCGGUAACCUGAUGUGCGCAUUGAUUAAAUGGUUUCUUAUUGGAAUUUUCUAGACACCAGACAACCUCAUUCAAAGCGUGUGGAUGUUCAGCAUCAUUUCAUGGAGUCAAACUCUGUGAUAUUGUAAAAAGCGCCUCUGGUGGAUGUCUGAUAGACAGCGGUUAGAGACCAUGUUAACGCUGCAAUAUAAGCAUUGCAAUUUAUCUAAAACUGCAAUGUUUUCCAUUGUAGGUUUAAGUUAAGGGGAAAGGGACAGUACACCCAGACCAAUUCAUUGAGCUGAAGUGGUCGGAGUGCUUAUAGUGUCCCUUUAAAACCAGUAAAUGGUGCUGGCCUUACUAAUUGCUAAUCUUCCUCUGUUUCAUGUUCACAUGUGAAAUUUAGUAAUGUUUUAGUAGCAUUAAGUGCUGUUUAUAUGACUCUAACCUGCAUCAUUGCUUAAAUUCAAAUGUUGUGGGCUUAACUAAUGUAUUUUUUUUUUCUUCCUUUUCCCCAUUAUUCCUUGCAGCAUGCCUAACCUUACCAGUGAUCUGUUUGAUCUUCAGCCUGCAUUUGUGCCAACAGUACAGAGCACCCCUGCUAUAGCAACAUCUGCAAACAGUACAUGGGGAGGUAGGAUUUUUCAAGUGAAUAGACCGAAACCGCUAGAUUUUAACUAUGUACCAUCAGAGUGGCCACAGUUGCAUUCUACUGUUGAGAAGCAAGAAAAUAUUUUACUGGGAAUUAAGUCUUAAUUAAGUUUUUGGAAAUGGUGUGUUUAUUUAAACUGUAUUUAUUUAAUUUGGGUGUUGUAGAUAUUUUUACUAUUUGUGUAUUGAGAUAUUGAGGAUUAAACAUAUUCCAUAUAAGCAUAGAUGUACACACCAAUGUGCAGGUUAUAGCUGCAAGAGUUGCAUACAAACGUACACAAGGAUUUACAUUUGGGUUCUCUGCAGUAGGUACAUAAUGUCAUUCGUGAAAGUUUGCCUUUCUCAGAAUCAUCAGGAUAGUCAUUUGUUGUAUCAAAAUCCCCUUACCAUCCAUCAAAUAUAUUUUACAUGUAAAAACUCUAGGUUAUGCCUUUGUUUGUGUAAAGGUUAAUACAGUGAGCCAAAAAAUGUUUUUUAACACAGAGUGACAUUGACUUAAGCUGGUAAUAGACUUAAAAUUGAAGUACCCUUAACCUAAUGUCCAUUUCUUUUAUAUGAAGAAUAAAUGUUAUAUUUUCAUUAUACUUCAAGUAACAAAAUAUUAACAUAGUACAUCAGAUGGGUGGAAAGACUUGAGAUUUGUUGUUGACUAUUGCUUUUAGGUCAUUUGGCAUGCAUGAGUCGCUGUGACUGUUACUUGCACACUCUUUAUACCGUGCUUUUGUUUUGAAGGUCACUUUUCAUCAUCAAAUGGUGUCAGUUCGCCUCCACAAUUGGACAUCUUUGACAUGCAACCUGUUGAAGAUGUUGUAAAGUCUACUCCCCAAUAUAGCACUUCUGCAUUUACUUCAAAUCAAUCUAUGGGACUAAUUAGUGGUAAUUUGUUUUGUUUCUCCUCCCCCCAAUAUAAAAUUGUCUAAUGAUCUCUAGCAAUAUCGCGUUGUUGGCCGUGAAUGAGAUAAACAGAGUACAAAAUAAAAUAGUCUAUUCUAACCUCUCUAAGUUAAAGACUGUAUAGCAUGGUUUGGCAGUGGUAACAUUCAGAGAAAUUGCUUAUGUUUUUGUUUUUUUGUGCUAUUUUUCUCUCUGUCCUUAGUAUUUCAAAAAUUUAAAGCACAUAGAAAUUUGGUCAUGGGCCUUACCUGUAAGGUUUUGCCUACAGCACACUUAAUAAAAUUAUAAGCGCACACAGGCUGUAGGCUGCAGAAAAGUCAGGAGCUGGACCUUUACUUAGUUAUACACGACGCACUGCUCCAUGAUUCUCAGCUAUGCUCCUCUUAGAUGUCGGUAUAUCUUACAAGAGCGCAGCUGAGAAUCACAGAACUUUGCGUCACACAGAGGUGAGCACAGCACAGAUUGAUCAGUGGCCAACCUGAGUCAGAGCAGCCUGCAUAGUCAAGGUGAUGCAGACAAAGUAAAAUCAAUGUGGCAUUGAUGAUCGUGUGUGCAUGAUAAAAUAGUCAGUGUGGCAUGGAUGAUGAGGCCCAAAUAAAAUGGAGGCAGUGUGGCAUGGAUGUGGUCAGAACAAAUUGAGGCAUUUAGGCAAUGUGGCAUGUGAGCAUAAUAAAGUGGAGGCACACUGAAAUGUGUGGCAUGUGGGCAUAAUUGUGUAGCUUGCAAUCAUAUUUGUAUUAUAUUAAAAUGUGGCAAUUCGUUACUAACCAUGAGAGAAAGGGAGUGACAAUAUUAUCUUGAAACUUUCUGGUUUACUUUUGCAUAAGUAUUUAGCGUGCACGUACUUUUGUAACAGAAAACAAAUUGCACAUCUACUGUUAAAACACAAGGAUACAUAGGUCAUGGGAAGAGUUUAACUUCUAUGUUCUGAAAAACUGGAACAGCUGAAUGGAAAUCUUUGCUCAUCGUGGUCUUAAUUUCAGUCUUUUUAAGGUUCUUAAUUUCAGUCUUAAGGUGUAGUUGCUUGAGGGUUGGGGGGCAACCAACACUUGCCAGGCCUGGUCUUUUUUUUAGAUCUACCUUUUCCUGUGUCUGAGAUACACUCCAUUGUUGUGAAUAAUGGGAAAGGAUCCGGACCCUAGCUUCAUUGUGUAUAUAUAAUUUUAUUUUUAUUUUUGUAUCUCUUAUUCAGGUACUUAAAUGUAAUUUAGAUUUCUUUGUUGCACUUAUUUUUGUAUUAAAAUAGAAAUGUUAAUUGCAAAAUUACUAAUCUGUUUAAAAUCUGCCUUGUAAAAUCUACUAUGUUCAGUAGCGCUGCACAAUUUAAAUUCCUUCAUCAAAAUCAUAUUUAUUUUGCCAGCUGUGCUCAUAUUGUUGUAAUAAGCAAUAGUAAUACCGUAAUUUGUUUUUCAUUGUUAUAUUUUUUUUUUAAAUAUAUUUUUUUAAAUUUAAUUUGUAAAUUGGUAACCAGUUUGCGAGUAUUUAGAUUUUAUUUGGGAAGGGUAGUUUUUGAUGUGCAUUUGUUACAAUACACAUUGUAAAGACUAAGCUCUUAUGUUGAAUUUGUUUUUGUUUGUUGAUAGGGUUUUCUGUGCCUCCUGCCACACAGAACAGCAUUGGGACCAUGCAUGUGGAUUUUGAUGCUGUGUUUGGAGCCAAACCAACAGCCAGUGAAAAGCAGGAUGCAAAUGGUAUGAGUUUGGGGAAUAAACUGUACUCGUGUGUACAGUCUAGUCAAUGAGUUCUUGCCAAACAAUGAAAUGGUGCAAAACUGUAUGGUAUUCCCAUAACUUUCUAUUGGAAAACUGUGCAUAUCCCAUAAAUCCCUUGCACCGCAAGAGUUUUGUGGGAAAGUUGAUGCUUUCUUAAUCGGUAAACAACAUACAAAACUGUAUUACUAAUGAUUAAGUCUCACUGUCCCUAGUUAUUUUUAGCCAAUUUGAAAAAUUUAAAAAAAAUUUAAUUAAAACUUGUUAACUUUAUAUCCAGUGCUAAGUCUACCUUGGUGCUGCCAUCCUCUCCUCCUCGCAUGAUGUCAUCUUGGAUGCGUGCCUCUUGUAUGACUGUCCAAUUCAAUGCUCCUUAUAGUGGAGCCCAUAGACGAUCUGCCAUUAAUUCUAUCACAGAAAAUCAUUGUAUGCACUGAUUCUCUGUGGCAAGUUGUGAUGGAACUGCGCAUGCUUCUAGAAGUCACGGUAUGCGAGAUGGAAAGUCUGGCUCUCCUUGGACGUUUAACUUAAAGCCAUGCUUCCUAGUCUUGUAUAUGAAAAUAAAGUGUUUUGGGGACACUUUAGAGUAGGGCUCUUCUGUGUUCACUACAACGACUUUAAUUAGACUAAGUUGUUAUAGUGAGUAAAGUGUUCUGUUAAGCUAUUUGUUCAGGAAACAAAUGCCAGACAGGUACUCACUCUUUCACAUUUCAUAUGGGCUAUAUUUCAUUCAGUAGAAAGCUGGCAGCAGACCUUAAACCCCUGAUAUGCGCCAAGUGUAGCUGUAAUAUUGAAGCACAUUGCAUCUAACAUGAGAAACUGGUUGACAUUGGUGAAGGCUUGAUGGGUCCAGAUAAUUAAUACAGGUUUUGGCUCCUAAGAUUGCUAUAAUUUUAAAUCUUUGCUCUUUUUAGAUUUUUUUCACAUCUGAUUAUUUUAUGAUACAAUGUGGAUUUAGAAAAAAAAUGGACACUAUUUAAAACAGUUAUAACAGUUGAUACAUGUCUGCUUACAUAAGUGUUUGUGUUCUCUUUCCUUUUAUUGCAUGCAUUCUCACACUCAACGCUUCAUUGAUGGGUGAGUGUUAACCAGUUUCUAAUUACUGUGUAGAAAAUAGUCUAUAAAGCUAUUUACCUAUUGUAUUUUUAUUUUAUUUAUUUUUUCAUAGACGCUUCACCAAAUGACACAAUGAAAUUUAAACUCUUUUCUGUAGAUUGAAAAGAUAACACUAAAGGGUCUCUUACUUCCACCCCUCCUCCCUCCCACGACAAGGUUGAAAAAGAAAAACAUUUUAGUCACUUGCUUAAUUCCAGUGUCAAGGUCCCUCGGCGUGGAUAGGCGCAUGUUCUUGACCUAUAUCAGCCGUUGGGGGCUUUCUCAGAAAGUGCUUGAUCUAUGCUUUCCUUUGGGGUUUUGCUGGAUGUCCUCAUGCAAAGUGUGAGGACGUCCAGCAUAGUUUCACGCAGUCAAACUCCUUAAACCUGCAGUAAGUGACUCUAGUUGCUGUCUAAUAGACAGCUACUAGAAGCAGUCUUAUCACUGCAAUGUGUACUUUGCAAUUUCUCUAAUGGGGGAAGGGUUACAUGGGUACUGCAUAAGACAUGGUUUGAUUACCAUUACUUGUUAUUUUUAGAGUCCUGGUUCAUUUGGCUUGUUCUUCAUGACAAGAUUUUGCAUAUUCAAACAUUAUUUAGAUUUUAGGAACCAGAGCUAUUUCAUUGCUAUUAUCCCCAGAGAAAUCUAUGUUUUUGUGUUGUAAAUUGCCCAUCUAGUUUUCACAUUCCUUGUUUGAAAAAAAAAUAUGGACUUUCUUCCUUAUUUCAAUAUGAAGCACAUUGUAGUAACAGCAAGGCUUAAAAUGUAUAGUCCUUUGCUACUAGCCAGGCCUUAAAAGCAAUUUGCCACUGCAAGCCAUAGUAUACACUGGAUUUAUUGACUUUCUGUGCUCCAGAGCUAAAGCUGGUGAAUUUCUACUCACCAGUUCUACACCUUUUUAGUUGAACUUGCAUUUUAUUUAAUCAUGUAUUGUAUUACUGUUGCAAAUUUUGCAUAAACAAACUAACCUAAAGCAGAACGAGCAACUAUGAAAACCAACACUCUCAUUGGAAAGAUGCAAGUUAGCAGUCAUUAUUUAUGUAGUUUUACUUGUCUAAAAUGAACAAUAUUAGUCUAGAUUUUUAUGUGUACCUUUUUUGUAAAGGUGCAGAUUUAUCAUAACAUGCUGUUGCUUUUGAUACAUGUUGUAUGAGAAAUCUUUAAUGUACUUUCUCGAAGCACAAAAACACCUAUAUCUUAAAGGACCACUCUAGGCACCCAGACCACUUCAGCUUAAGGAAGUGGUCUGGGUGCCAGGUCCAGCUAUGCUUAACACAUUCUUUUAUAAACAUAGCAGUUUCAAAGAAACUGCUAUGUUUAUGAAUGGGUUAAGCCUUCCCCCAAAUCCUCAUGUUUUCCUGGCACUAUAGUGGUCCUUUAAUGUAGUGGCUUUGAUGCAAAUACCCUGUCCCUUUCUUGAAGGAACAAUUUUUAAAUUUGUUCGAAAACGUGCCUCUAAAGGCAUUUCUUCCUAACUCAAUGCAAUUUCAAUUUGAAAAGGUACUCACUUGAUACAUCAUUAUGCAUAUCAUAAUGAUGCCAAAAACCGCUAAUGCUUCUCAUAGACAUGCGUUAUCUAUCAGAAGCAUUGCACUGGUGGAUCACAGUAAUUCUCCGCACAUAUGCCAAGUGCAUUGGGCUAGCGAUCAUCAUGAUUCAUGAUCUCAGUAUGGGCAGAUGUGGCUGCAGAGAGUACUGUCUUACAUGUAAGUAUAACUGCUUUGAAUUCCACCUUUUUAGAAGGGGAUUGUUAAUCUAAUAUAUUUUUUAACAAUGUGUUCCUUUUUUGUUACAAAUUUUUUUCUAGAUACAUAUUACUUUUGCUCAUAAAUGAUUGAACACCGCUUCAUAACAUGCUUAUAGUCAUUCUGCUUUUAUUUUCCUUUAGUGGCCUAUUUUACAGAGGAUGUAUUGCAGCCAGCGGUCACCCAGCAAAGCAAAAAUCAUGUAGCAGGUGGUCAGCAUAGUGGAAAGUUAAUGGCAAACGACCUGGAUUCCUCACUUGCUAAUCUGGUGGGAAGUAAGUUACUUUUUUUUGUUUUGUUUGUUUUUCUUUUAUACUGCACACAAUCACAUACACUCAAAAAGGUGUUUUUAAAUGUUUACUAUGACUUUUAUUUCAGAUCUUGGGUUUGGAGGAACCCCAUCCAAAAAGUAAGUUAUUUUUAUUAUUACUUGGACAUUAAUAGUAUGUUUGAUCCCUCCUCAAAAUAAUUACCCACUAUCCACAAAACUGCACCUCCUACCAAGAGUUUCAGUAUGGUUCUUGUGCUGCCUGAGAAAACCAGAAGUGAUAUCUCCACAUCAAUGAUAAAAUUUUGUCUUUCAAAUGUUGCUAUUCAUCUCCAGGCAGUGUCAGAUAUUUCUUUUAAAAAUCGUGCUAAUCACUUCAUUUUCAGUGCUAUACAGUCAUUAAUAGAAUAUGUAGUUAACCUACCUUGUUUUAUAUUGUAUGCAAAAAAACUGUUGUAAAUAGAUGUGGUGUCUUUCUUUUUCCACCAAAAAACAAAAACAAACAAAAAAACUGGAUUCUUACUUUUAUUUAUUUUUUAAAUUUUUUUUAUAGCUGGCUCCAGAUUCAAAGUAAAUUUUGUUUAGCUCUGCCUUAUUCCCACCCAUUUCACUGUUCCGAAAGGACUUGGCUGCAAAAGCUUUCCACAAAAAAAUAAAAAAAAAUUCUGAAAGAUGAUGCCCCUUGCAACAGUGUUGCGGCCAAGUCCUUUUGGAAGCGUAAAAUGGGUGGUAUUAAGGCAGGGCUUGACAAAUUUGCUUUGAAUCUAAGAGCCAGCUAAAAAAGUUAGACAGUUUUGUUUAUUUUUGUUUGUUUUUUAAUAACGCUUUAUUUUCUGCUACAAAAUUACAAUUCUCAAAGGGACAGUAUAAUCACCAGAGCCACUACAGUUUAUUGUAGUGGUUCUGGUGUCUAAAGCCUAUUCAGUUUAAACCCUGUCCUGCAAUUUGUAAUUAAAUAAUGCAGUAAUAUUAUAAGAAAUUUGUAUAAUUUGUUUGGUAGUCAUGUCUUCUCUCUGUGUCUCUAGAUCUGACAUGCAGUGGAAUCAGCCUUCAGAGAAAAGACUAACUGGUGGCACACACUGGCAAGCAAAAACAAGCACUUCAACAACAUGGAAUCCUGCACCUAUAGCCCCAAUUCCUCAGAUGGUAAAAGUUUAUUUAUUUAUUUAUUUAUUUAUUUAUUUUUUUUCCACAAACUUGGUGAAGAGAGAGAAACCUUGCACAGGCACAACUUAAAAAUAAAUUGUAAUAUUGAUGUACAGGCUUUGUAGUAGUAAUUGUAAUGAUUAGACAGAUUUUUCCUUAUUUACCCAUAAUCCUGUGAUGGCUAUUUUGUGCCUGAUAUGUUGUCCUUAAAUGAUCUUCCAUCCUCAGUCCAGACUGUAACUAUAGUUAACAAAUGUGCAACAUACUGUAAAAAAAUUUUUUGGCUUAUGUAAAUCCAAUUCUAUACAAAAUCUUACCUGAUCAAAUAACAUAUGGUAUAGAUAGCGUAGCUUGGGUGUUUUUAAUGUCAAGACAUGUUUGAGAGAUAUGCAUUUGAUCAGUAAAUAAAGAUACAAGGUAAAUCGAACCUGUGGCAAGUACUAGAGUGGAGUACUGCAAAACAAGAUAACCUUUAUAUUACAUGCAGCAUUGAGCAUCCCAGUACAAAUAUAGUAAUAUAUGCAAAUUAUAACAGUCCCCUUAAAUGAAACCGCUGCUACAAAGACUCUGAUCUUGCAAUUGGCCUGUGCGCAAGAACAAGGCAAUUCUAAGUGAAUGUGGGGCUAAUCAUGAAGAAAACUCAAGUUGCCUGGCAUAGGGGAUACACCACAGACCUACUCUGAUCUCUUCCAUUUCUUGUAACAUGGCCAGAAAGAAAAUGAGAGAUGGUUUGCAUGUUUUUACCAGUAACCUUAGAAAACAUUACAUUUCACAAGUGUGCUAAGGAAAUAAAAUAACAUAGAAAUCAAAACCGAUAGUAAAAAACAAAACCUCUAUAAAUGAUUGUGGUCAGAACAGUUCUAGUUUAGCAAGACAAAGAGGUACAUUUAAAGAAUGACUGAAAGUAGAGGGUGGAUGCUGCAAUACUGCACAGCACCCAAGGACUUUUAUUUUAUUUUUUUCCACAAGAGACAGCUACUCUUUUUUUUUUUUUUUUUGGUCAUGUAUUUAAAGGGGUUGCCAAGUUUGUAGGAUAUAUGCUUCCAUAAAAUGUUUAUUGCAAUUCAUUCGGAGAUAUUUGUGAAAGUCUUUCAGAGUUUAAAGGAUCACUAGUGCCAGGAAAACAUACUCGUUUUCCUGGCACUAUAGGGUCCUUGGGUUCCCCCUCCUGCCGGGCUCUAGGGUGAGGAACGGGUUAAAUCUUACCUGUUUUCCCCCGCCGGGCUCCCUCUGCGCGGGGAACUCCUCCUCCUCAUUUUCACCAUCAUCGGCUGCAUGCGCAGCAGGAACCACGCGUGCAUUCAGCAAGCCCAUAGGAAAGCAUUCUCAAUGCUUUCCUAUGGAUGCUGGCGUCUUCUCACUGUGAAAAUCACAGUGAGAAGCGUGGAAGCGCCUCUAGCGACUGUCAAUGAGACAGCCACUAGAUGCUGGAUUAACCCAUUUGUAAGCAUAGCAGUUUCUAUGAAACUGCUAUGUUGACAGAAGAAAGGGUUAAUCCUAGAUGGACCUGGCACCCAGACCACUUCAUUAAGCUGAAGUGGUCUGGGUGCCUAGAGUGGUCCUUUAAGGAUUUCUUAUUUUGCAGCCAGGCAAAUAUGGGUUAAGUUAAUGUUAAUCUUAGCUAAUCGGGGGCUUUCAAUAUUGGUGUUGUGAAUGUAUGCCAACCUCCUUAAAACCUUGAAUGAGUAUUUAGCUAUCUGCUGUGAAUGCUCUUCCAAUUCACUGUCAGACUGUUCAAGAGGAGAGGGGUGUUUGUAUCCUAUACAAAUAUCCUCUCUUGCAAUGAUCAAGUACUUUGGUUUCAUUGGAAAGAAAGUGGAUCAUUUCAGGUAUUUGUAUAAGUCUUUAUUUGGGCGUUGCUAGAUGUGUUAGAGAUCCUGGAUGCUUUUCAUUUAAUGUAGCUGUAAUACAAGCCCUCCAUUUUCCAGUCAAGUGACUGGUUGGGUAUAUGAUUAAAAAGAUAAACGAGACUCAUUCCAAUUCUGCGACAAACUGAAUCGCAAAUUCCAAGUGAUUGAGAGAAGCUUUGGGGUCUUAAAGAUAUAAUAUGUGCCCUGCAAAGCAAGUUUGGCAUCAUUAAACUCCACCCAUGUCAUUAACCCUGGGGCAUAAUGGAAUUGGAGUGCUUCUACUCUAAUGUGCUUUUAUAAAAAAAAAAAAAAACGUAACUUACUGAUUUCUUGGAGGCUUGGUCCAGUGGUUAAUGGUCAGUGGUUCCUUUUAUUUUUAUUAUUAUUGCCAUUUUUAUAGCGCCAACAGAUUCCGAAGUGCUUUACAAUAUUACAUUUUCACAGCUUAUUUGGAGAUCCUCACACUUAUUUUAAGAAAAAAUUUAAAAUUCUCAAAAUCCAUUUGACUGAUCUUAAUAAUAAGGCUAACUUUGGUACAUAUACAUGACAGUAGAAAUAUAUUCCACAAUCAGCCAGCUAAAUCUGGAAGCAUUGUGUCUCUUCACAGAUGCGUUUUUCAUGCUCUUCCUGAGGCGUAAAAAUAAAUAAAUAAAAGGCAUGCACUUGGGCAGGCGAGUGGUUUAAUAAUAUUGACUGAGUUUGAUGGACCCUAUCUUCCCUUUACUAAUGUGCCUGGUGCCAACUUGAUUAGUCAUAUAAUCUAGCCUACUGUCUAAAAACCGUAGAACUAUAAUUUGAUAAUCUAGGUCAUUUGACAGUUAUAUUGUUGCUUGUAACUAACUGUUCUUUCAUUUGCUGUGCAUAAACGUUUAUUCCUGUUCCAUUCUAAAUUAUUGUUGUGCGAGUUAGUUUCAGGAGUUCUUUUAAACCAAAACCCACUUAAAGAGCCUCUAGCAUUUAUUUUUUUUAAAUGCCAAUGCUCUUUUAAUUUACACAAAGGUAGAAAAAAAAAAAAAAAUUACACAUAAGAUCAGGAUUCCUUAACUGGCACAUGUAAAGACAUGCCAUUUAUGUAAUCAACUGGAGCCACCAUUUUGCAAACUGUAAGAUGCAGACUACCCAGGUUCCAGUUAUUCACUUGGGCUAUCAGACUGUUUAAAACCAGAUAUAUCUGCAAUGUAACAUUGUGAUGGUGGUUUAGUGAGCCUUUGUAAAGACAGGAUGUAUCUAAAGCACCUUAUCUUUAAUACUGGACACCGAGGGGGAAAAACUGAAUACCCGUGAUCAUAUUUUGUGAAAAUUGUAGAUUAAUAAAAUUAAAGCAUUACUAUGGCACUUUAAUCCAUGGGGCAAUCUUACUAUGUUACAAAUUCCUUAUUUUUGAUGAAGGGAUCUCUUCAUUACUGUUUAGAUAUCUUAUUUGUCUCUCUGCUUUAUUUACCUAUGCUGACCAAGAAUGGAGUUCAUUAUCCAGGAUAUGUGAGUGGUUUAACAUAACUUAAUUAAGAAUAAAUAGCCAGUUGGAUGUCUUGCCACCCUUUAGUUUUUGUUACACCCAUUCAGUGUGUCUUGGCACCCCGCAUUUGUGUUUCUUGCAUCCAUCCUCCUUGAAUCUCUUGUAUUACCUUUACCCCCUUUGUACCUCUUGCACCCCGGUUUCCCAAAUUCCUAGCUUAUGGCUCUGACCUCCUAUCUGUUAAUUUACCUCUCCCUUUCAUGUCCUCCUAUUCCUCUUAACCAUAUUACUCCCUUCCCUUCUAGAUCCUCUCUUCUUAUUCUGCCGUCACAUGUCCAUUGUCUUUCCAACCUUGUUAAUCUCUCCUCAUGCUCCCUUUUGUUUUCCUCCUCUUAUACCUCCAUUCCAGACCUUGUUCCCCUCCACUAUUUGGGUCCCUCUUCUAAUAACCCCCUUGGGCAGAAACCUUAUUGCUGCCUAGAGGUACUAGGGUUGCAGGAGCAACUGCAGACAUUGGAGAUGCAAGCGUUCACGCAAAGUUAUGAUGGUGACGUCAUCUCCACGUGCUGUCCUGUAAUUCCUUCAGCGGCUUGCCAGGAAGAGAGGACCUGGUGUUGGGCAAGAAGAAAAUAAAUUCUUCAUCUUACUCGAGCACACAAUUGAUUCCCAAUAUAUCACAACAAUAAGGUUGUGAUCAUGGAUUGCUGCCCUGAGGCCAUGUCUUCGGUGGCCUUAUGAGAAAUACAGCACUGACCGUACACUUGUACUGGCGCAAGUGGUGAGCUCCUCCUGCUACUCUUUAGCUGGUGGGUUAAUUCUAUCCUAUAUAUUAAAAUACAGUACAUACACUCUGAGCGUUCUGGUCUUGCUAAUUUUAAACAGGUGCAUUUUGGGCAUCUGUCAUUAGCACACAAACAUGUCCCCUUUGUUCCACCUAAGUCUCCCUCAGCCCAUCCUCCGGUCCAUUCUUCCCACUUCAGGGGGAAUCAGGCCAGCAAGAGUUCCUUUUUUUUUUUUUUUGUAAAUCUGAGCCUGGUCUUUUGAUUUUUCAAACAAAUGAAAAUUGGCAUGUCUUCAUAUACACCACUUAACAAUUCCUUCAAUGUUCUAUUUGUAAACUCUAUGAAGGAUUUUAAACUUAAUAUUUUCUUCUUGUAUUCAAGGUACCUCCUCCAAUGACUUACCCUGUGUCUACGCCACAAGUGCCUGUGUAUGGAAUGGUAAGGGAAAUGGUUUCUGAACCACACAAGAUUAACCUUAUUUACUUAAUUUUCCUACAGCGUGUUCUGUACAGGAUGGGGGGUGAGGGGAGAGUACAAACACAGGAUGUACUAAUUGAGCUCUGGCAGAAUUCUUUCUCCCUUUUUGUGAAUUCUUGCAAAACAUUUCCUAUAAAUAGCAUUAUGCGAAGCACAAAUUUACAUGUUUUUUCGGUCCUUUCAUAACUAAUCGAGAAACAGCCAUUAGCCCCUCUUAUUUUCUCUUUGAAGGGUGUCACCAUGAGGGUUAGUGCAGUUGAGCUUAAUAUAUUAGGCUGAUCAUAAGCAUGGAAAUAGGAUAUCUCGGGACGGGGGUAACCAGACAUCCCCUGGUAUUAGUUGUGUCACUGAGGGUGUCCAGAACCUAUCAAAUACUGAUUAGCAGCAGGUUGGAAGGGAUGUAACAGCUAUCAUCCUUCCUCCCAUGGGGUCAAUAAUGUAAGCUUCCGAUGUUAAUCAUUUAAUAAAAUAUAUUUUUAAUCUACUAAAUAAAAUGUUAAUCAGAAACUAAAACACCAUACUAGAGGUGCUUUUGGCUAAUGAUUGUAGGUGAUGUCAUCCCUGUUUUAACGCACACCUGGUUAGGGUGUGAUCUUAGGUUGGAUAAAAGCUGGUAAGGAAGCAGAGACAAAAUUGCUUCAAUUGUCUAAUGAAUAUGAGCAUUUAAAAAAAAAAACAGGGGGCUAGGGAAGCCUCUUGGAUAAUAUGCUCCAAAUCUCUUUAAUUGACUUAAAUGUAAUAUUUUCUACGGUAGUUAAAACUGACAGAUUUAUUUUUAUUUUUUUCAUUGCCAAACUGGUUAUAACUCUACUUGACUUUCUUCGAUCCUGUUAUGCUUUUUCAUUUUGCCAACAAUUCUGCAUGCAUUUGUUAGUGAUCUCUUAAUCUUAUAGAUAUUUCCCAUACUGAAAGACAAGGGUUUUGUAGCUGUUACGGAUGGAGGAAGGACUGGCAUGGUCUAUAAAGAAAUGUUUAUGCAUAAUAUACAGAACCUCAGUUAAUACAGCCUCCCAUAGCAUAUAAAACUGAACACCAACAAGCCUUUCCCAGUAUCUGCCUGUCACUCAAUUUUUAUGUUCUGGGAGAGCUGUGUCCGAUUUGUGAGUGCAUCAUAAUGGAAAUUUGCUGCCUUGAUGUUUUCCUCUGGGGUCUGCAGGCAUGGUGCUACCUCUUUUUGCCUAGUCCUUGCAAGUUGCAGGAAAUGGCAUAUGAAUGCUGCAAAGACAUGCAUACUGGAAUAGAGGUGGAACGUAAAGAGUGUUUGUGGAGAACUACUAAGCAUGCACAAAUCUUGGCACCAAAAUUCAAAUGCAAAUUGGUUAAAAAGGCAUUUAAAUCCCAGUACAUGUGCUGCUGCUGUUCGACUAGAGGCAUUUUAAAGGUAACCCUUUCUGUCCUAUAUUUUUUUUACACAAUAUUUCCUUUUUUUCUUUUUGAGGCACUCGUUAGCUUUUCCUUUACUUUUACAGUAUGUCUUUUAACCAGCAAAGGUUAAAGUGGUAGCAAAAACACUUAUGCUGUGCUACCUGGAUACUCCACUACCAAAUUGUUCAAAUAGAAACCUUUAAAUCCUUGCUCCAAGUAAACUGCUGAGGCUUUACAAAAAUCUUGGACAGCUUACAGAAAAACCUCUUGGACAUAAGAUAAGCAGAGUUACAAUGUAACUCUUCUCUUAGAAUUAAAGAGGCAUUCUUCUAAGGCAAAGAAAAGGCCUGAAGAAUUGUCAGGUUCAGACUCCAAGGGUGAAUUUUAUUUUUAUUUAUUUAUUCACACAAAUGUUUUAUCUACAUGGAACAAACUUCUAGAUUAAUGGAAAACCUUUUUGGAAAAUCUUUAAGGAGGCGCAAUAAAAGGUUUGGAGGAUGACCAGUGUAAAGAGAAGUACAUUUUCUCUCCUAAAUAGAAAUGAGAAAUUCUGCUGUGAGGUCUGUAGGAUGGAGGAUACAAGGUCUGUAGGAUGGAGGAUACAAGGUCUGUAGGAUGGAGGAUACACUGUCAACCAGUGCUUCAUUAUUAAACAUUCAAUGUGUGAUUUUUUUUUCUUUAUUUUUUUUUCUCCCACACUGGGUUACAUUUUACCUCUUACCCUGAACAAAAGCUUAACCAGAGGUCUAUUGGUUAGGGACCUGCAAUUUCUAGGUCAGGGAUCGUUUAUUUCCAACAGUCAAGUAGUAAAUGCAGGAGGCAUGCGGAACCUGAGUGAGCUGGUGGGUGAUAGGAAUCCCACUGCCUUUAAAAGAUACUGAUAUCUGCAAAAUACACACUUUUUAACUAUGGCAUCUCUGAUAAGGCAGCAUGUCACGAUAAAUACAAUAAGGCCAUCCUGCAACACCUGUUGAAUGCAGCAAAAGCACUUCUUCCUUUGGAAGAAUUUGGGAAUUCCAUAAUUUUCAGUUCAGAGCCCUUGCCGCCAAGUGAAUUCACAAUGUUUUAGGCUUGCAUAGCUUCUCUAAAAAAACAUUAGCGAUUAACAUUAUACCCAAUUUUAAUGACUGGCCUCUUAUAGCAAGAUCAACCGUUUCAGUUUCCUUUUUGGGGCUUCAAAUAGAUUUGUUACAAUUGAAGGUCUUCCUUCCAGACAAUAAAAUAAAACAAUAGUAGAAGUCUGCUUUAUUCUCUCUGAGGUAAGUAAGCAGCAUCAGAAAAGCUAUGAUUCUCCUAGGUCCUUCAGUAAUACCAGCAGUAUACUGUGCAAGUGGGCUUAUAUGUCUACUUCAGAAAAAUAUUCUACAGUAAUGGAACUACCCUUAUUUGGAACUCAACUACAAUAAAGUUUCCGUUGUGAAUCAGAAGUCCUUUUCCAUAAAAAGGAAUAUCCUUUAUGCCUAUUUCUUAAAGAAACCUCACCACAUAUGAAUCCUGUUCAGGAUGUGGAGCCCCAUUUCAGACCAUACUACAGAAGGGAAUCAAAGCGGCAGACUUCAGUUGUCAAAUUUGAAAGCGUUAAAAGCGAUCUUGAUAUCUGCAUUAUUUGCAUAAUUGUUGGAGAAUCAAUGGAUCCAGGUAAGAUGUAAAUGUUCUACCAGUUUCCUAUUUAAAUAGCCAGAGAGGAAUGAGGUCCGUAUGUCUGUCUUUGGUCAGAACUCCUUCAGAGGCUUGUUUCAGUUCACAUAAGUUCACAGGUGUUGGAAAAUGUUCUGUCAGAUCAGCUACGCAGAACCAAGGUGACCCAGGCAAACUGGUCUUUCAACCAUCAAAUGUUUAAUCAGAUUACUCUUCGGUCCAGCCUUCCAGUUAUCAUCUGUCAUUCUGGUUUCCUCCAGUCUACUUGAUACCAAGAAUACUAAAUAAAAUAAGGACAGAUCAAACGUCUCUUUGCGGUCCUUCUCUUUCAUGGACCUACUAGAUUUGUGCCAGUGAAACCACUGGAUUCUUCCUCAGUUGGAGAAUUUUCUUGGGCACGUUUUUCCAGAAGUAAUAAAAAGAUUCAGCUUGUCUACAGAGAAGCUCUUCCUUACCACUAAAGGUAUAGAUACAGAAGUCUUUGACAGUCUUCUAUUGUCAAAAAAGAAGUCUACUAGUUUUAUCUAAAUUUAAGAUAUGGAAAAUGUUUCUCUAUAAAGUCUUCCAAUAAAGUCCACUCACCGUAUCUACUCCUGCCAUCCAUAGAUUCCUGCAGUUAGGAUUUGCUAAAGGUUUUGGCUCUUCUACCGUUAAGGUUCAUAUUUCUGUAGUCCGUCAUUUCACUGUUACAAAGUUUGCUUGUCACCAUUUGAUUGUUAAAUUCUUCAAAGAUGUUUCCAGGAUAAGACUUAGAAUCCAUGACACUAAAUCUUCCAGCCCUCACAUAACCCCUGUUUGAUCCUAUGGAAGAAUACACUCUAAAUCAGGCCUGCACAACCUGCGGCCCCCAAGGUGUUUUUGAACUACAAUGCCCAUGAUUUUUUGAAUAAAACAGCCAACACCUAAUGCAUUUUUUUUUCUUGUAAUGAAACAGCCAGGGGAUCAUGGGAGUUGUAGUUUAAUAUAUCUGGGGGGCGCAGGUUGUGUAGACCUGCUCUAAAUUUACAGUUUUGGUCUACUUUUUAUUGCUUUAACAUCUGAUAAGAGUUGGGGAACUUCAAGCUCUAGGAACUCAGUCUCCAUAUUUUUAUUUAUUUAUUCCCUUCCAGUUUAGAGGCAGUGCAACAAGGAUAUCCACAUUGGUUUCGGUAGGGGGAAAAACAUUUUUUUUUUUUUUUAGAUUUCGCUCUUCCUAAUUCUCCCCACCUCUUCUACUGUAAAAUCCUGCAAACACACACAAACACACUUGUCUGCCUGCCUUUAAUGAGGUGAGACCGUUUUUGCCAGAGUGUCCUGGAAGAACAGCUCUGCUUGUAGGCCUGGUUUUUCGAUCUUCCACCGGUGGAAUGCACAUCCGGUGCCUGCGUUCCACACUUAUGUAACUUCCACUCAGUCCGUACUGGAAGUGGUGUGGGUGCUCAUACUGGUUACAGUGCGUUUCCCCUACAGAUCACGUCAUGGAAGCACAAUGCGAUCUUUGUUCUUUGGUGACUGUUUAAACUUGGGAGACUAUUUAGACCCCAGCCAAAACUACCUGAUAGCAGGGUGAUGUUCAGCACAGUUGUAGGUGUGCUCUUACUACACUUCCAGCCCACCCAGAAGCCAAACAAGGUAAGAUUGUCCGCUUUUACUUUUGUUCAGGCCUUUUUCCUCCUUUCUCGUAUAGUUAGGUAUUUUAUUUCUUUUCUUUCAGUAUGUCUAAUACUAAAAUUUCAGAGAAACCUGUGGAGAAGCCCAAACAUUUUAUCUGUGCAUCCUGCAGUCAACCAAUGUCAGAUGGUUAUAAAAAGAAAAAAAAGUAAUGUUUGUUCUAAAGAGGUAAUGGAAGAAGCUAAAAAGCAGAAGUCUACGCUUUUCUGUCUUGGUUUCAGUCAUAAAAUAAAUUUGGUCCAGGCACUCCAGAUUGCUGCAGGAAGGCAGGUUUAUUGAAACAAAAACUGCAAUGUUUCGGCCUACACAGAGGCUUGAUAAAGGCCUCUGUGUAAGCUUGGUUUUCCCAACCCUAGCCGUGAUAAGCACUUGGAUUCCCGUGUGAGUGCGGAGUCCUCAGUUUGUGAAUUACUACAGUUAUUUGGUUUCAGUCCAGUCUACAACAAACCUAUAUGCAAUAUCAGGGAAGCCACUAUUCAAGCAGCCCAAUCAUAUGUCACUCCUGAAUUUCGUUCACAGAAAUGUGAGAAAUAUGGGGUAUAUUUGGACACCAGUUCCCAUUCUUCUGGUAGCUCAUCCUCUGAAGAUGAAUUGCUUUUCCAGAUGAAUAUUUUCACAAACUCAUUAAGGAGAUUUCUCUUAUGGAAGAAAGAGUAGAGCCAAGCAAACACAAGAAAACAAAGUAUGUUUGUUUCUUUUUUCUUUUCACCCUAGGCUAAAGGAUCUCAUGGUGGAAGUUUCCCUCCAAGAAAGCAUUUCUUACUAUAUACUUUAAAAAUAUAUAUUUUCAAUAAAAGAAAAUAAGAAAUUAGAGCUUCUUAAAUUGAAUGUGCACAUUGCACAACUGGGCAAGAAAACUAAAUUGUUUAUUGGAAAUGGUUUGCCAGAUGCUAUGGACAAAAAGUUGAAAUAUAGGUUUUAGGGACACUAUAGUCACCUGAACAACUUCAGCUUCAUGAGGUUGUUCAGGUUAGAACUAUAGCUCCCUGCAGCCUUUCUCAUGUAAACACUGUAUUUUCUUAGAAAAUACAGUGUUUACAUCGAAAGCUAGGAACACCUCCAGUUGCAGUCACUCAGAGUGAACCAGAGGGACUUCUGAGUUGAUGGAGGCAUAAUAUGCCUCCAUCCACUCAGAUCUGCUGUCAGCAGAGCUCAGGGCAGCACUGUGCACAGCAUCCUGUGAUUCAGUAUCUCCUCCCUCUGCAUGCAGACAUUGAACUUUCCUCAUAGAGACUCAUUGAUUCAAUUCAUCUCUAUGAGGAGAUGCUGAUUGUCCAGGGCUGUGUUUGAAUCAUGCUGGCUCUGCCCCUGAUCUGCCUCCUAGUCAGUCUCAGCCAAUCCUAUGGGGAAGCAGUGUGAUUGGAUCAGGCUAUCGCAUGUCAGCAGACUGCUUGUUUUUCCUGAGUCUAACAGCAUGCAGAUUUACAGCUUCUGGCUUGAAUACAGUAAGAUUUUUACUAUAUUUAUGGAGGCAUGAGGGGCCCGGGGGGGCUAGAUGGUCGUGUUAACACUAUUGGGUCAGGAAUACAUGUAGUUGCACUGGUGAUUAGUGUGUCCCUUUAAGGAAGAUAUUUUUAACUAAUGCAGCACGAAGUAAAACACUUAUUGCAGGGUAAUUUGUUGAAAAGGCACAAAGCUCUUGGUUUGAUUCGCUGGAAAGGUAUAUUUUGGUCAAUCUCAAUAAGAUGUUAUUAAAAUUCUUCAAAAUAUUAAGAUGGCAUCUGAUUUCAUGCCUGAUUCUACUCUUUAACUUUCUGCUAAAUCCAUGGGAUUUUGUACAGUGACCAAAAGGGCAGUCUGACUGAGAGGUUGGUAAGCAGACUCCACCUCUAAACACUCCCUAUGCGACAGACCAUUUGAAAAGGGCAGACUUUUUGGCGUUCAGUAGACCAAUCUGCUUAAACAGCAGAAGGUAAUAAGGUCGAACGUAUGUUGGAACAAGAGCUUCUUUAGCAAAAAUAAUCUUGCAGAGAUUCCUUUCGUAAAAGAAAUUCACACAGCUGUCAGAUGCAAUCUUUUGACUACAAAGGCAAGUUAAUGGGAAAACAAAAAGAAAGGAAAUUCUGAUGCCAUGAGUGUAGGAGUAAGAUUACUGGAUUACUUCUCAACAUGGCAAGACAUCACGACGACGAAUGGGUCCUGUCUAUUAUUUAUCACAUCAAAUUUGACUGUCUUCUUCAAAAAGGUUUUCUUUGCACUACUGUCCAGUCUCCCGGAGUAUCAGAAGCGCUCUUCCUGAAGAUUAUUUAUUACUGGUAUUUCUAAUACGCCAACAGUUUCCGCAGCGCUGUACAAGUAGUGGAGAAUGUACAAAAUACAAAGACAAAUACAAGAGGUAGAAAGAGCCCUACCCGUAAGCUGAUAACUAGGCAUUAAAGCUCUUUUAUACAAAGUGCUUAGCUAGAUAGCCCGUGAGCUUACAAUCUAAAGGAUACCGUGGGGAAUAGGGACGUAUGGUAGCAGGGGAAAUUUGGAGGUGAUGGCUAAAAGAGUUAACAGAGCAAAGCAGCUAUUGGUAAAAUGUAAAGGGAAUGAAGAGGUAAUUGAGUGAGAAUCUCAAACAGCUGGAGGAGCAUGCUAUAUAGUUACUACCAGUAAAUUGUUAUCAAUAAGAUAUUUUUGAGUAUAUGUUUGUGACUUGUCAUUUCUAGUGAAGGCUACAUGGUGCUAUUAAGUUCAGCUUGCGCACUUCCAUCUGCUGCCCCAUAAAAUAAAUGUGAGGCUGUGCCUAUCCUGUCUCCUUGAGAAACAGGCAGAUACUGGGGAGGAAAGAAGAAAUCUAUAGUGUGAAGUUUCCAAAAAAAAGUAUGUCCAGACUAAAACAAAGAGGGAAUAAGGCCUUAUCCCCAUAACAUCUCUAAUACUGGGAAAAAGGAUCACCAGUCCUUAUAUAAAUUAAGUAAAAGCAUAUCACUACAAUACUUUAAUGAAAAGUAUCUAGGAGCUUAUAAACCUCAUGUAAAUUCCACAAAAGAAAUACAAUUGGUGAUAAUAAAUAGCAUGGAAAAAGUCCAACAGUUUGUUCAGCAAAUCUGCAGUAAAAUAGCAGAAGUGUCACUCUCCCUGCUUGUGAAGACAACAGAGUAUAGUGACUCAAAUGGCAGAUUGAUAUACUUUCCAACGAAAGAUGCAAUAAAUCCCCACAAGAUAAAAUACGAAGCAAGUCUGUGCAAAGAAAACGGGUUGCUCAGUAGUAUCCAGUAGAAAAAUGAUAAUGUCUCUGUAAAACUAUCAAUAUUUUAUUCCAAGAUAUCUAAAAACCCUCACAGCAAUGGCGUGAGCAAAAAACAUUAGGUCAAUAGCAUGAAGAGUAACCUGUUGGUCUGACCAUGUAGAUGGAUAGGAUCGGUGGGAGUUAUACUUCGCCCUGUGUCCUGGUCAGCAUGCGUUCCACCUCUGACCUUACUCAGAGGUGCUCCCUCCGAUCUUUCAGAUUGAUCUCCGGUGUAAAUCCGAAGCCUGGAGUCGGCAACAGCACAGGCUAGAUUACUGCGUGAGCGUCCAAGAGUCCAAUGACUGUAAAUGUCUUGCGCGUUUCGUUGGGAUCCUGCCCUACUUCAUCAGAGACUGUAAACCCUAUUUAGAUACUGGUGUAGGCUUGUUGGUGAACAGUUUUAUGUUAUGGAAGACUGGAUUUAGGGAAGUUCUGUAUAUUAUGCUUUUAAAUGUCUUUAUACACCAUGCUUUUCCUUCCCUCCGGAACAGCUACAAAACUCUAGUGCUGCUGUUAAUCAUAUGGAAAAGUAAAUAUAAGGUGGGUAAAAAUAAUGCUCCUUUUGUAUUGGUUUUAAUUUUGCGUUCUAUUUUACAGGUUCCUGCACAGAUGGGGGCUACACCUUUAAUGGUUCCUCCUCAGAUGAUUUAUACACAGCCAGGGUUAAGGCCAACAAAUCCGUUUGCACCUGUGUCUGGAGCCCAGGUGAUUUAUUUUAUUAUUCUCCAUUUUUUGUAGAGUCUAGAUUGCAGAUACAGUGCUGCUAACAUUUUUCUGGUUUUUCUCUGAGGAAAAAUUAGACUUAUAGGACCAUUAAAAGCUCUGACUGUAUCUCAUUUAAAUGGUCCAGAUUCAGUGGCCUUUUAAUUUUUGUAACCCUGCAAUGUAAAACAUUUCAGUUUUGUAGAAACUGCAAUGCUUCCUUAGCAGGGAUAAAUACACCUUUAGUGUCUUCCUGACAGCUGCUAGAUGCACUUCUAUGUGAGAACAUCCUGGCUCUGUUUUCAAUGAGAUGCUGCUUUACUGCAGUUUGCAGCACAUGUACAGUAGCCCUCGGGAUGAAGCAUUUAAUUAGCUGAGAUCAUCAAUCUUAAUGAUCUCAGCCAGGGAGGCGGGCCAGCUGCUGCAAGGGCUGAAGAGGGGGAGUGCUAUAGAUAGGGGAAUGCUGUAGUGUUUCUUUAAAGCAUUCUAUGUUUUGUAGAUUGGAACAUAUUUGUUUUCUUUCUGGAAUAAAAAAAAAAUUAUCAGAUGCCUUUUAGUACUUUUGCAAAGAGGUGUUUGUAACACUGAUGUACCUAAUAACAACUAAAAAAAAACAUUUACAUGGAAUCAAAGGCUAUGACCGUUCCAGGCAUAUUUAGGAUACUUUUGUUGUACAAUUAGAAUAGUGUGGAAAAUUUAAAAUGUGACAUGUACACUAACUGGGUAAAAGUACACAGAAAUGAAACCUAAUAAAAAGGGGGUGGUGAAACUCAGGACGUUUUUAGUAACAAUAUAUGAGUUUGCUGACAUGGAUAUUUUGGAAUUAACUGUUCUAGAAGAUACAUACAAUUACAUUUUAAAACCUUGUUAGGUGCAGUGUAGCCAAGGCUGCUGUGUGCACAGUGUCAAAUAAUUUCCUGUUCCUAUGUAGGCAGUGCAAUUGUCAUGGUGACGUGUGGGCUUCCCAAGUUAUCCAAAUAUCUAAACCUGGUAUAUUUAUUAAGCGAGUAUGCGGUUAAUUCGUCUAUUUUUCUAAUGUCGUCGACUUUGCCUUUCCAUUCUGUUAUGGAGGGCAAAUGGGAUGAGUGACUUAGCAGCUAGCAAUAGCACUGGAAAGCAAGUUUUCCACAGUUGUGCUAGAGCAAGCAUGUCAAACUCAAAGGCUAGCACGGGCCACAUAAACCAGGUUUAAAGGAACACUAUAGUCACCUAAAUUACUUUAGCUAAAUAAAGCAGUUUUAGUGUAUAGAUCAUUCCCCUGCAAUUUCACUGCUCAAUUCACUGUCAUUUAGGAGUUAAAUCACGUUGUUUCUGUUUAUGCAGCCCUAGCCACACCUCCCCUGGCUAUGAUUGACAGAGCCUGCAUGAAAAAAAAAAAUGGUUUCACUUUCACACAGAUGUAAUUUACCUUAAAUAAUUGUAUCUCAAUCACUAAAUUGAACUUUAAUCACAUGCAGGAGGCUCUUGCAGGGUGUAGCAAUCUAUUAACAUAGCAGGGGAUAAGAAAAUCUUAAUUAAACAGAACUUGCAAUAAAGAGCCUAAAUAGGGCUCUCUUUACAGGAAGUGUUUAUGGAAGGCUGUGCAAGUCACAUGCAGGGAGGUGUGACUAGGGUUCAUAAACAAAGGGAUUUAACUCCUAAAUGGCAGAGGAUUGAGCAGUGAGGCGGCAGGGGCAUGUUCUAUACAUCAAAACUGCUUCAUUAAGCUAAAGUUGUUCAGGUGACUAUAGUGUCCCUUUAAGUUUGUGGGCCGCAAAAAAAAAAAAGAACCCACCCCCCUGUCACUCCAUCCCAGCGUAUUGUCCAUGAUGAGACCAGCACAACCGGAGUCUAUAGGCAAGUUAAACACAUUGCUUUCCUUGUUACAGGAGAGCCCAUAAAUCUAAUUAGGAAUACAUAUAUUCCAAACGUUCGAGUUUUCCUUUAACUGCAAAUUUUUUAUUUAUUUUUUUCAUUUAAAAAGAAGGGUCCAUAAAUCUUAUUAUAGUCACUGACACAACAGACUAAAUAAUAGAAAAGAGAUCAUGUUUUUACUUCAUGUUAAAGAAAACUGCACUGCUCCCAUGCAGGAGCAGCAGUUUCUUUGCAAUUCAUUGUACUAAAGUUUUAACUAGCCUUUUUGAGUGGCUCAUAUACACCUUUUAAUGAUUUUAGUAUUUUAUAUUUUUUUUUCUUCCAGAUGCAGUUCAUGUAA